AAACGCAGAUAAUUUGGAAAUUUUAGCAACGAAACUUGAACAUGCCGGCGAUGCGAGCGAGGAGGAUAGUGACAUUGUUUUAACUGCGCUUGAACUGACGGACGACCUAAGUGGGAUUCUCAAAGUUACUCUGAAAAAGUUGAACAAGCUGGACACGAUUGAAAGAGCAAUUAAAAAGAUUGAAGGCAGCUUGGUCAAAUUAGAAGAAAGAACGACGAAGCUCGAAGCUUUGGAUUGCAAAGAGAUCCUCGCCUUGGGAUCUCGUCUUAAAGGUACCAACUUUCAGAUGUUUAGGGACCUCCCGCAAGAAUUGGUGACAAGAAGAAGUAAUCUUAAAAGAAGAACUCAAGAAAAUAAUUGAAUACCGAACCAAAGGUGCCAUUCUUCGAUCAAAGUCCAGGUGGUGCGACGAAGGUGAAAAAAAUACUGAAUAUUUUCUUAAUCUUGAAAAACGUCACUUUAAACAAGGUACAAUAAGCCAAUUGUAACUUAGUGACAGAGUUUUCGUACAAUCUGACAAAGAUGUAUUAUUAUCUGAAUGUGAAUCUUUCUAUAAAGAUCUCUACGCCUCAAAAAUAGACAACUCUGUGAAUUUUGAUUUCUUUCAGCAAGCAAAUGAGACUUUUUAGACUCCUGAUGACCAACGGGUUUGCAAUGGUCUCUUAACUAACACAGAAUGUGAAGAAGCUUUAAAAUCUAUGAACGCAGAUAAAACGCCCACUACAGAUGGUCUUCCAGUCGAAUUUUACAAAGCCUUUUGGGUUGACAUUUCUACUCAUUUACUCUCCGCGCCCUCAAUGUUGCUUACAAAUCAGGCUGGUUGUCUAUUACUCAAAGAAGGAGUAUCAUGAAACUUAUUCCAAAAAAGAGCAUAGAACCAUUUUAUAUAAAAAAAUUGGCGUCCUAUAACUCUCCUUAAUGCAGAUUACAAAAUUGCAGCAAAAGCUAUAGCAAACCUUAUAAAAACCGUUCUCUCAAAACUGAUAAAUAAUGAUCAGACAGGCUUUAUGAAAGGGCAGUUCAUUGGGGAAAAUAUUAGACUUAUAGAUGGCAUCAUCCAGUAUGCUACACAGCGUAAUGUUCCCGGGUUGUUGCUCUUUAUAGAUUUUGAAAAAGCUUUUGAUUCUCUUGAAUGGCCCUUCGUUUUUGAUAGGUAAUGACGAAGUUAAGAUAAGCCAAUACUCUGAUGAUACCACUCUUAUCUUAGACGGUUCAGAGAAAUCCCUUACGUCAGCAAUGGACAUUUUACUCGUAAAAUAGAGUUAACUAAUUAGAGCGUACUUCAGCCAUUGUUUCAUUAUGAUUUACUUUGCCACAAAUUUUAGAUGAUUUUGGUAAGUUCUCCAGCCUUAAGUUAAGUGAUAGCUAAACAGAAGCUCUUUGGAUCAGUUCUAAGAUAGGGCAUGAACAAAAUCCUUGUUUCAGGAAAGAAGUUUAAGUGGCCAAAAUAUAAAGUUAAAACACUUGGUCUGUGGCUGUCAACUGAUCCGGACACAGCUUUAAGGUUGAUUUACAACAAAGAAACUGAAAACAUGAGGAAGCUUUUGAGUUGCUGGAAAUACUGUAGACUCACGUUGUUAGGGAAAAUUACUGUCCUCAAAUCACUGGCCGCAUCACAACUGGUUUACCUGUUCUCCCCUUUACCUUCAAAUCAUCAUGCUAUAAAAGAAAUAAAUGACAUAUUUUACCAUUUCCUAUGGAAUGGUAAAGGUGACAAAAUCAAAAGAAAAGUUAUGAUCAAUGAACCUGAGUAUGGAGGCCUGAAGAUGAUUGACCUCUGCUCUUUCAACAAAUCUCUUCAAACAACAUAGGUUAAAAAGUACUUGGACACGACUAAUCUCGGAAAAUAGAAAUUUCUCUUUGAUCUAGAACUGGACAACUACGGCCGCAAUCUCAUUUUCCGUGGUAAUCUCAAUGUCUUGGACACUAUUAAAGAAAUAGGUUAGGGCAACAGACCCCUUUCUUAAAGAAAUAUUGGAAUAUUGGGCAGAAAUAAUCUUUGUGGAUCAAGUAAGUUCUGUUCUUUUCAAGAACAGUUUCUGUGGUUCAGCUCUUUAAUAAGGAUAGAUAAACCAAUUUUUUUUAAAGAGUGGUUUGAAAUAGGUAUCUCCAAAGUUAAUCAUGUACCUCCAAUCAGUAAAUGAUAAUUUUCUGACUCUCAAAGAUUUUGCCUCCAAACAUGAUUUAAGAGUACGCCUGCUCAGUUUUUUAUUAUCAGCUGUUAAACAAAUUCACAAAAAUGUUACCGAUACUGCUGAGACAAGAGACUAUACCUUUUAAACGUUAAGUGAAAAAAUUGUUAAGAGAAAAGCCAGGUCCGUUAAUUUACCAAAAACUGAUCAGAGCCGAAAGUUUAACCCCACGUAAAAGCCAACUAAUGUGAUUUCAAGACUGCAACUACUCAGACAAAGAGUGAACAUUUAAUUAAUUAGGAACUUGCCUAUCUUAUGGCACAACGGUGCACAAAAAGCACCAAACUGAUAGAGUUCCAAUUUAAACUAUUACAUAGGCGCAUACCAACCAAUGAUUUCCUACUUAAAAUAGGACGAAAAGAAAAUGACAACUGUACCUUUUGCAACAAUUCCUCAGAGAUGCUAAUUCAUCUUUUUGCCAUGUUUACAUCCUAUUUUUGGAAAAGCGCAACUGACUCGCUUCAAAAUGCUCUUCCGUUAAUCGGCAAAUACAACUUAUUGAACGUUACUGCACUGGGCUUGAGGCCGGAGCCUCAUUCUACAGAAUACUCGUGUCAAUUAAACUAUUGUCUCCCGUUAGGCGGUUUCAUAUUUGGCAAGCCAAAAUGGAUGAAAUAUCGCCAAAUUUUGCAAAUUUUCUACGCCUAGUUGAGUCAAGAUCUAUUAUAGAGAAAAAUGCAGGGGACACUAAAAAAUGCAACUUUCUUACAGAUCGCUCUUAAAAUAGCUCUCGAUAUCGAUUGUUUCCUUUCCCUGAUGGUCAAAUACCAAAAAAUAUUUUGAACGAAUUGUAAAUCUUUUGUUUAACUAGAUAUAUCUGACUGAUAGUCCACAAUCAACGUUCGUUUAUUGCUCCUGUCUUUUUUAGGUGGUCGAACCGUACUUUCUUUUAACCAUUUUUUUGUUUGUGUUGUAAUUUGGUUAUUAUUAAUAAAAUAAAAUAAACAAACAAACAAACAAAAAAGUGUUUGCAAAGUCUAGAAAUCAAUGUAAAUUAAGUUUAUUGAAGUUUCACUACAGUGCAUUCAUAAUUCUAUAUGUUUCCAAGCAUGUUAGGAUGCUUGUCAUCCAAAAGCUUCAAUAAGCUUUAAACUCCAAUGGUAAUUUAAGCCGUUUCAUUAUUGUCUAUUGCAUAUCAACGGCCUUUGGUCUUUGAACGCGGAUUGAAUAUUUGAUUAAAUAAUAAGAUUUCGUGCAGUCAUGACUUUAUACACCCAUUCCUUGUGUCACACAUUACUGUUUCAAUGUAUCCUUGCUGACGAAUAGGCUAAUUGUAUCAAAGCAACUGUGAAUAGAAUCAUUAAAUUUAAGUGUUGUUCAUUCCAGUUUUCAUGAUCCGUUGACACAGGAAGUAAAAGGGCUUUCUUUGAUUCACUUCAACAAUUAUGAAAGUGGUUUUUAUCACUCAAAUCUCCAAGGUAAACCCACAUGUUCGCACGCACUUCCUAGCCAACUGCUACUGCUAGUCGAAUUAAUAGCCAUGUGUCCCGAAACCAAUUCUAAAUGCAGUAUGCUGAGCCCCAUUUUUGCUAGUCUUGCUCUUGCUGUUACAAGUCACUCACUAGCACCAGAGGACUGCAUAACCGCCGCAUACAGAGCUGCACAGACUUCCUUACCACUGGCAUCACCAAAGCAAUGAAGGUCGAUGUAGCCAAUCGGCUCGCUGUGCAGUGGCAGACCUCUCAAUAUGCUGACCCUUUAAGGCAUCUCUUCUUCCCACAAUGUCAGCUUCCUGGACAGCUGUUCUGGGAUUUCUUUGUCCAACGCUAUCUUUAGAUCACAGGUCUUGCCAUAUAACAGUUAGCCACAAAGUGUUGUAGAUGAAACCAGACCCAGUGGAUUGUAAAUCUUGGCCACUUUAGCCAACAGGCCUCUCUUUGUGGGUUGGGCACAUUCAGGGGGAAACUUGACCAGGAACCACCAUGUCCCAGGAAAUGCCUAGAAGUGCUCCUUUUCCUCUCUGUGGGACACCUAGCUGCUUUUCUCAUGGGUCUCCUGUGUUUCGCCGAUCUCUUUUCCAGUCUGUGUGUUUACUCUAUCUACAAUGUUCCCUGGCAUUCAAAUGCCAUUUAUGAAGAUUGAAACCACCUUGUGCACUUCAUAAUUUAAGAACACUAUUCCUAAUAAUUUAGGAAAUAUCGAUAGCUACCGCACUCAAGGAGCUCAACCUUGCAAGUUUAUAGUCCCUUAUUCACAAUUUAACUUUUUGUAGUACCGUAAAUCCUCUAUUAAGUCCCCCCCUCUCAAAUAAGCCCCCCUUUUCAGAGACGGAUAGUUAAUAAGCCCCCCUAGCCCCGUUCCCCUCCCCUUCAUCCUUAUUUUUCACAAACAAUUAACAUGUACUGAUCAGUUAUGUUUAUUCAGGCUGGAUAUUCAUAUUGUUUUUGGUCUUCGGCUGCAUGACCUCCAACUUCAUGUGCUUAACUUUUUCAACUUUAUGCUCUAGUUCUCUGUGGAGAAUCGUCACCAUUUUCUUAUUGUUUGAAAAACAGUAUAGUGCCCAGUAACCACAAGUCUGUCCUCAAGAAACCUUGCUGCUGUUGAUGCAUUUCACUAAAAUAAGCCCCCCUCUCUAUUAAGCCCCCCCUCAAAAGUGCUUGGAGAAAAUAAGCCCCCCAGGGGGUUUGAUAGAGGAUUUACGGUAUAUAAGUAUUGUAGUUCUAUAAUUUUAUGCAUUUUCCAUAUACUAUAUCAUUUUAAACACUUUUGUAUGGUUGCAAUUUUAUAGACCCUUAUUUGCAAUUUACCCAGUUUUCUUAGUAUAUACCGUAUUUAUUCGAAUAAGCGCCCAACCUCGAAUUAGCGCCCACCUCGAAUAAGCGCUCAUCCUAAAGGCAGAAAAAGUUAAUAAGCACCCAGCCUCGAAUAAGCGCCCAGCCCUCCUCCUCAAAAUCAAACUCAAAUAAGCGCUUACCCCCACCCCACCCACUUAAGUGAAUAAAUUCUUCUUCAGAGUAUUUUACAGAAACCUUGCUUUGUUACUUCUUCGCGUUUUGUUAUUAGCUUUUUGUUGUUCUGUUGCAAAAUAAACAUACUUCACUUGCUGAAAAUGGUGAAAAUUUAAUAAGCGCCCAGCCUCGAGUAAGCGCCCACCUCGAAUAAGCGCCCACUCUCAAGGUCCAAAAAUUUAAUAAGCGCCCAGGGCGGUUAAUCGAAUAAAUACGGUAAGUUUAAUAGUUCUAUAAUUUUAUGCAGUUUCCAAUUAAUACUAUAUCAUUUUAAGCACUUUUAUGUAGUUUCCAUGUUUGUUUAUUUAUCUUUCUUUUCAUGACUGACCUGUAAACUAGCUUUAUAGCUAAGUGUUAGUCACAUUAAUAAAGUAUGUAUGUUGGUAUGUACGUAUGUAUGCAUGUACUGGUACCGUCCAUUGUUUAUUUUGGAAAGGUGGACCCACAUGGAGGCAGUCGUUAAGUGAAGCCGCCUCCUCGUGGACACAAGCCGAGGCGACAUAGACAAUAUGAAGCAUCAUAUUUUCAAUGGUCUCCCUGGUCACAUGCUUAUAAGGAAUAUCAGUCUUCAUUCUAGAGCGCAUUUUUACAACCUACUGAUUCAAAUAAAUUGUUUUUGUGCAUCAGUGUGAUGCUUUUUUGUGAAGGAAUGAUUUUGUAAAAUAACAAAAAUGAAAACAAAAUUUCAUUGCAAGGGGUCCGGGAUCUAGACAUAUUACCUUAUGAUCCCAGUCAAUUGUCAUGCUCUCAACAUGGUGACAAAAUUUAACCAAAGUCGUUUGCGCUUCAUGAUUAACCCAUUCGCUCCUGGAGAUUUUGCCGAAAAACGCGUUUUGAAGCUAGUCGAGUGGUUUUCUGGUCACUGUCGUGCUAUAAAGAGCUAAAACUUACCACAAACCGAUUUACAGGUCGUACACUUCAUGGCCUUCUGAUCCAGAUGCAAAAUAUCAGCUUGCGAAGUUCGGGCAAGCGCAGAAAGCAAAAUUUCGAGAUAGUUUUUCCAAUUUGGGGUUUAAAAGUGACACAGCAGUCUUGACUUUUACUUUUCGCUUUCUCUCCUCCCCUAUUUUUUCGCUUUUCUUGUCUCAUUUUUUUUUCUCUUGCUGGGCAUUUAGUAGGCUUCUUUUUGGUGGGAAUAGUUUUUAGGAAAGCUUUUAGGAUCUUAGGAUUAGGUGAAAGGAAAGGUAGAUGGGCAAUGGAACAAGAUUUUCAAGGAGAUUUUCAGGUCAAUGUUACAUGGUUUUUUGCCUCUUUCUCCGGUGUCCUUGACUAAAUUGUGCUCAUUCUGGUAUGGUUUGAAAGAUCUCUUCACUCUGCACAAGUUAGCAGACAAAGUUGUCCUUGACCGUUAAAACUGAUGAUGUCACAAAGGGUAGAAAGGACGUCGAUCCGCACGGGCGGUUAUGGGCGGUUCAGGGGUGAAUGGGUUAAAGCACAACAAAAAGAAUUCCAUGACCAAGGGAAAUUUGAUUUUGACAGAAAAUGUGGAGCAACAGAUAGGCUUUUGUACAUUAUGCUAGCAUUUUUUCGAACAUUUUAGUGAGGCAAAAGCAUUGAGCAUUAUUCCAGCAUUUUAGUGGCAUUUUCCCCGGAAAAUUAAUUUUUCCGAGAAAAUAAAAUAGAAAUUAACUUUUUUCAGGAGCCCAUGCCCCAUGAGCUCCUGCUUUUUUAAACAAAAUGAAGACUAAAAUUCAAAUUCACAAAAAACCUAAUACAGCUGGUUUCGUUCUUUGGCUGUAUUUAUGAACUUGUACACGUUGUCGUUGUUACUUGCAACACUUGCACGGUUUCGUAAGUGUAAACUUUGAAAUUAAUUAAACAAAACCGUUUGUAUAUAAUGAGCAUUAUUCGAGCAUUUUAGUGACUUUUUUGGGGAGACCGAGCAUUUUAGUGGGAAAAAUGGAGCAUUAACCCAUUCGCUCCUGGAGAUUUUGCCGAAAACGCGUUUUGAAGCUAGUCGAGUGGUUUUCUGGUCACUGUCGUGCUAUAAAGAGCUAAAACUUACAACAAACCGGUUUACAGGUCGUACACUUGGCGGCCUUCUGAUCCAGAUGCAAAAUAUCAGCUUGCGAAGUUCGGGCAUGCGCAGAAAGCAAAAUUUCGACAUAGUUUUUGGGUUUAAAAGUGACACAGCAGUCUUGACUUUUACUUUUCGCUUUCUCGAUCUCCUCCCUUCUUUUUUCGCUUUUCUUGCCUCAUUUUUUUUUUCUCUUGCUGGGCAUUUAGUAGGCUUCAUUUUGGUGGGAAGAGUUUUUAGGAAAGCUUUUAGGAUCUUAGGAUUAGGUGAAAGGAAAGGUAGGUGGGUAAUGGAACAAGAUUUUCAUGGAGAUUUUCAGGUCCUUGUCACGUGGUUUUUUGCUUCUUUCUCCGGUGCCCUUGACUGAAUUGUGCUCAUUCUGGUAUGGUUUGAAAGAUCUCUUCACUCUGCACACGUGUGCGAAGAAAGUUGUCCUUGACCAUUACAACUGAUGACGUCACAAAGGGUAGAAAGGACCUGGAUCCGCACGGGCGGUUACGGGCGGUUCAGGGGCGAAUGGGUUAAGGUGGAGCAUUUUAGUAGGGAAGCAAAAGCAUAAUGUACAAAAGCCUAGCAACAGAGCAAAACGUAGAAUCCUGUAAUGUGUGGUUCCAGAAAAUAUCCAUACCACCACCAUGAAAGGGAUUGGAUUUUCCAGGGUGGAAGGGGGGUCAAUUUGCCUAAUUUUCCAGCGGGGAGUGGGUUUCACCAUAGGGAAAUAUUUCCAGAGGGUUCUUGUGACGCAUAAGAGUGUAACAAAGAAAAAACACAAAAAUUUACCACUAUAAUUUAUUUGCGAAGAUAUUAAACACGACAAAAGUUAAAGAGCCACUAAACAUCAGGAUUAACAAACAAAGCAAACAUUUUGUCAGUGCGCCAGCGUGACCUCUAACGCGAAAACAUUCCUUUAAUACAGUUUGCCGUUUUUGAGCAGAUGGCCGUUCAAAUGGAUUUGGUAUCCAUUUGAACGGCUCAGGCUAUCCGGUAGAAGAAAAACUGUCAUCCGUUCGAGCGUCUUGGGUUAUCUGUUCGAAAAAUUGUCAUCCAUUUGAAUGCCUUGGGCUAUCCAUUUGAAAAAAAUGUCAGCCAUUUGAACAGCUUUAUAGCCUCCCCGCAGACGUCCUUUGGGGUUCGUUUGUCACGCAUUCAUUUCUCCCCCACGGAGGGGGAGAAAUGAAUGCGUGACAAACGAACCCCAAAGGACGUCUGUGGGGAGGCUAACAGCUUUAGCUAUUCGUUUGAAAAAAAAUUGUUAUCCAUUCGAACGGCUCGGGCUAUCCGUUCAAAAAAGAAACUACUGACCUUUCGAGCGACUGAAGCUAUCUGUUCAAAGAUAAAUUUUUUGCUGAGUUUCCAUCCCAAAACAAUUUUGUCGCUAGCCACUCGCGCGAAAUGAUCUGUUAUUCUCCAGGCAUUCUCCAAAGUUUGUUUACAAACGCAUCAUGAAUAGUCACGGAUCUGUGCUCCUUUUUGUAGCCAUCUUCGCUUUCAUAUUAUCAUUCGAUUAUCGACAGUAUCGGCAUACGUUUUAAUGCAAUACUUAAGUAUUUUUUUUCAACUGUUAAGUUUCCCAAAAAUAAUAUAUGUUGUCUUUUACACUUUUGUAGUUUUAUGAGCCAGCAGAACGAAAACUUUCAUAUUCCUUACAUGUCAAAACACAUUAAACACGAAAAAAAUUUUCUUUUAAUUGGUUACAUUUCAAGAUUCUUCACUUGACUGUUUCUCCAUCACAAAGAAGGUACAGAGUCUUUUCCAGCACGUCAUUUUUUGUGACAAUUUUCUCAUAAUAUGAAAUCGGUGAUGCUUAAUUUUACCAAACUCAAAUAUGCAAAUUUGGUGGAAUGAAAUUCGAUACUCACACUGUCUUGUCACGAGACAAGGUCCUGAUCUCUUUGUUUAUACUUCUUCAAGUGUUGCUUUGUUCCGGAAAAUACAUGAAACUCCCAAAGUGUGGCAUCCUAGUGAACAAAACUACUUAUUUGUUCACUUCAAUAAGAGAGCAAUAUUUACAGGAGGUGUGUGAAAAUUUUGGAAAUUCCGGAGGGGAGGGGGGUAAAUUUUGGGGCCUGAUUUUGGAAAAUCCAGAGGUGAGGGGGUCCAUACGGCAAAUCCCUUCCGUGGUGGUCGUAUGGAUAUUUUCUGGAACCACACAAUGAAUGACACAAUGUUUUCCUGCCAUCUCACUCUGAUAAUCUAUAGAUGCUCCACAGAGUGCUGUCCUUUAUUGAGUUCUAUGAUAGCUAAGUUGCCACUAUGUUGAUGGAAAUAAUAAAUAGCUAAGCUUUGAUAUGAAGAAAGCCUGCCAUAAAAAUGUUGUUAAAGUUGGUUCUAAGUCAUCCAUGAAUUUUACAAAAUGUCCCCUCCCAAUAUAGUCCGAUGUCCCCACUUUUUUAAAGCAAGGGGACACCUGUCCCACUUUGGACAAUUUCUAGCAUGAGCACUGGAGUAUAAAACUCUCACCCCACCAUGUGUUCUCCCACCAGUUCUACUAUGUUCUUAGCAAGCUGAUCUUUGAUGAUGACAUUGUACUGCUCCAAUAUUCCCUUUUCUCCAGUUUUCAUAAGGUUCUGUCGAGAUGCUUCAAGCUACCCAUCUUGUUGUUUGGCAAAGUAAAUUUGCAGGGUGGUCUCCUCUCCAGAGUAGCCCUGUGUCAUACUAACCCUCUGGACUUUGAGUUAAUAAAACAUUGUUCUUUGAAUUCUUCAUAGACAGGUUAAGACCUGAUUGAUCUGCACUUGGUUUGUCUUGAAUUCCCAGGACAUCCAGUUUGCAAAAUCAGUAAGAAGUUGUAUUAUGAAGACUAUUUUUGGGUAAAGUAAGUCUAAUAUUUAAAACAUUUUGAAAGGCAUGAAUCAAAUUGUAGCCCUUAAACCUGAAGCAUACUUAACCCCAUCCAAAAUUAUUACUCCUUCUAACAAUUAGUGAUAUAUACAUUCUAUGAUAUAGCCAAUGAGUUUAAUCAUUAUUUUGCAAAUAUUGGCAACACUUAAUUAGUCAAGCUAUUCCUAGGGCAAACAGUUUUUUUCUUAGUCCUACAGUUGUACAUCCGUACAGGAAAUUCAAGAUUUUAUUUCUAGUCUUAGAUCUGGGAAAGCAUGUGGCCCCUCUAGCCUUCCUGUUCCUCUUCUUAAGAUUUUGAAGUUAGUGAUCUUAAAGCCUUUGGAGGUUUUAUAUAAUUUCUCAUUUUCCUCAGGCACUGUUCCUGAUGCGUUUAAAAUUGCUUGUGUUAUUCCUGUUUACAAGGCUAAAUCUUGUUUGUCACUAACAAAUUACAGACCAAUAUCUCUAUUGUCAAUUUUUACUCAAAUUCUGGAAAAAUUAAUGUAUAAUAGGCUAAUUAAAUAUUUAGAUAAGCAUAAUAUAAUUUUCUCAUGGCAGUUUGGUUUUCGUGUCAAUCACUCUACUGAACAUCAGGAUGCAAAGAAAGUCAGUUUUACCGCCUGCCAUUCAGGCCGGGCAUUCGGGCAAGCUGUAGCUACAGUCUCAGUCAAAAUUGUUGGGACACUUUUGUGUCUCCUUGUCCCUUCAGUGUUGGUAUACAAGGUUUGGUGACUGAACCGUGAUAAACAACUUUGAGAGGGACAAGGGGAGCACGAGAAGGAAAAAAACAGCGUUUGGUUUAAGUGUCCCAACUAUUUUUGUCUGAGACUGUGUUGGGGAGGAAUUUGAAGACGUGUUGACAGAUACGGAGGUUAAUCUCUAGGUCGGUCACAAGCGCCGGGUUUGGGUUUGUUGCGGCGUCCAUUGUGUUUCGCGAACAUUUCUAUAGCAGUGAACUGAGUUAUUUUGGCCGAACACAAAGAAUGUCCAGUUCGCAGAAAUUUUUUUUGGGAAGUAGAGUAUUGGAAAAUAAAAGGAACUGAGCACGGUAUGCAAUAAACGGUACACAAAUAGCUUUUAAGUGGGUGAUUGAUAGCGUGACAAUAUAGCACGUGCAUACUAUUUGCGUAAAAUUUAGGGCUUUCGCAUACAGAGAGUCGCUCCAAUGUGCCACAUUUCUAGAGAAAAUGUGUGGAGCAUGAUAAAGAAGGCCUUGUCAUAUCUUUGCCAAAAAAAAGUGUAACGAACAAUGCCCAAAGGAAUGCCUUUCUAUGUUAACGGCAAGAGGCGAAAGACAGCUCCGAAGAGCGAUUAAGCGAUUUCGAGAGGAAGGGGCAAACUAUUCUUCCAAACUGGAAAAUGCAACAAGCCAGGAUUUUUCCCAAGCGAGAACAGUAUCCCACUUUCUAAAUUUCUAAAGAUACUAUCUACUACAAGCGUGUAAAAAGGGUGUCACUGUUCCAAUGAUGUUUGUUAAAAAACGUCCAAAAGUUUCUUCAUGAUAUUCCAGGCUACUGCUGUAAAAUCGAUAACUUUUUAUCAGUUGUUUACAACGUAUGUUAAUUUGGCCUUGCGCCAAAUGGUGAUGGUGACAUUGGUUCUCAUUCUUUACCCCAAAUAUACACCUUCCUGAAUAGCUAUAAAACAAACUACUGUGCCAAAAAUGUGGGAAUUAAGGCACAAAACAUGAAUCAUAUCAAAUGAGGACAAUACAUAUCCUUAAAACCUCAAAAAAAGUGUUAUACUCGAUGUGUACAUGGGUCACCGUACAUUAGUUCAAUUAAAAUGUUUGUAAGUUUCUUUCAGCGAACAAUUGGGUCAUCAUGAUCAAAGUCUUCAUAACUUGUCUUACAUGUAUGAAGGCUCUAUAAACCUUGGCAAUUUCAAUUAGGUGUGAAAGAACUUUAUCCUUUUCUUUCUUAUUCCAUGAUAUGUACCAGGGAGGUCUUAGAAAACGCCCUGGAUAGUAUAGUGACCCAUUAUGGUGACCCAUCCAAUCGUGUCACCACCGGUACGACAUAUUAGGGGCAAGAUACAUUCCCUGCGAAAUGGUGCGCGCAGUUUUCACUCAUCUGUUGUUCACUGUUAAAACCCAAUACAUUCAGAGCUUUUUUAAAACCUUGGAAUGUUGUAAUUAAAGAAACAAACUUCUGGUUAACAGAUUCUACAAGGUUCCUGAAUCUCUCUUCAUCAGAAAUGUACUUCGCAUCAACUUGCAUCAAGAACAUUUUUUUAAAACUUACCCAGUCACCGGCAGUAUCCUUGAAUGUUGUUAUCUUUAAUUUUGGUAACUUUGUGGUGCUGGAAACAGCUGCUUUCUCCAUUUCUAAUUUCUUUUCUGCUACAAGUAAUUCAGCUUCAAGUUUCCCUUCCACAACUCACACUCAUGUUCCUGUUGUUCUUCACAUGUCAAAGUGCCGCUCAUCUUCCAACUGUUGCUCCCACUUCAAAUCUUCUUAUUGUUGCGUAAUUUUUUCCUCUCUAUCAUCUAGACAUUUUCUAAGCCUUUGGUUGUGGCUAAGAAAUGCUGCACACUUUGAUGUAAUGUCUUUUCUCCACUGUCUCACCAUCCAAGGUGACAGUCAUCACUUCAUUUUUAAUUCUUCUGUCUGUGAAAUAAAUUCUGACAGUUUUGUGAUGAUUUUCACAGCUUCUGUGUUGACUAUUUCCAUCUCUAUUUCUAUCUCCUCCAUGAAGAACUUGACCUUCUCAAUUUCCUUUUCGAUUUCUUUUAUGAGACAUUGUUCUUCAUCACUCGGUUUGUUGCCGUCGGGCAUGUUUGUUUUGACUCUGUGAAUGAUCACUUCGCUUCUGAAUCUGCCCCGCUUGUGUUGUGUAUUUCUUCAGCGUAUCCUGGUCUUGGCACGCAAAAAAUGAGCCAAUCAAUAGACAGCCCAUAAAACUCACAAUAACACAGUUUCCUCGUUUGUUCUCUCCGAAAGAACUCACAAUACUCGAUGAAAACCCUACAAGGAAAACUCGCUCUCUUUUUUUGUCUCAUCCAGUAAUAGCUUACUUGCACAUGUUCAUUACCGUAUUCGGUAGUCCUAGCCCUAAUUUGGUAGUGCUUCCAAACAUCACAAAACUGUGAGGGUAAGGUCGGGAAAUCUCUUGUUCACACUUCCGUUUGACAAGGUGUCUUCCCUCUCCUGUAUUCCAAAAUUUGUAGUUUUGCCUCUAGACCCUUCAGUAGUCCAUCCAGGACCAUCUCUCCACGUGCCAUCCCGGCAGAGGUGCCAUUUAGUGUUGGAAAUGUAGAAACCACAACAGUAUUCACUCACUUUAGAUCAUUUAAUUUAAAGUCACAGUGAAAAAAGUCACAUUCAUAAUACGUCCCAAAAGUUGCUCUAGUCUCAAUCGAAGUGAAGAAUCUAUAUUGAAUACAUAUAUUGGUGAACAAUCUAAAGUUAUGGAUCAUUUUUUGAUUGACAUCAUUGCUGCUUGAUUAUCUACUCAAAUUGCUGACCACAUAUCAAAUAAAGCCUCAAUCAGCUUUGGAAAUCCUCAAGGUUCCGUUUUAGGUCCUCUUCUCUUUUUGCUAUAUGUUAAUGAUAUCCACCAGUGCUCUACUAAACUUAAAUUCUAUCUUUUCGCUGAUGAUACCAAUAUACUUUGCUGAAAAAAAUUUGAAAGUUAUUGAAACAGUAGUCAACACAGAAUUGUGCAAACUGUACAACUGGUUGACAUUUAAUAAGCUAACUCUUAACAUUAGUAAAUCCAACUUUGUAAUCUUUCAUCCUAAACAAAAAAAGCCUAAUUAUAAACCUAAAAUAUGUUUAUUUGACAACGAGAAAAAUGAGUAUGCUACUCUUGAAUCCGAGGAACAUAUUAAAUAUCUUGGCAUUUUGAUUGAUAAAAACCUUACCUGGAAACUUCAUAUAAAUGCUGUCUCUUUAAAAAUCAGCAAAACAGUCAGCUUACUUGCGAAAUUGCGUCAUUUUGUACCCCGGCAAAUUCUUCUAAAAAUUUAUCAAUCACUUAUUUAUCCGUACAUUACAUAUGGACUUGCUGCUUGGGGCCAAGCAGCAGACACAUCUCCAUAAAAUUCUAUUGCUACAAAAAAGAGCUCUUCAGAUGAAAAACUUCUUGGAUAGACGUGAUCACGCAAUACCUCUCUUCAUUGACGCCAAUGUUUUACCCUUAAAUUUCUUAUAUUCUCAGAUUAUAUCAAAUCUUAUGCAUGAUGUCCAUAACAAUAUGGUACCUUCUGGAAUUUUAAAUCUAUUUCAAAAACAAGUAGCUGCCACUACUACAAUACAAGAGUAUCAGCUUCAGGAAAUUUUGAUGUUAACAGUUCCGAACUAGAAUUAUAUAAAUUGUCUUUCUCUCGCUUUGGGGCUAAGCUGUGGAAUGAGAUACCCUGUAACAUCCGACAACUCCCCAAGAAUAAGUUCAAAAAAACAGUCCGCAAAUUACUUUUUGAUAUUUCAGAAGAUGACUAUAUUGAUAUGCCCACCUUAAUUAAAUUAGCCAAAACAUUUCGAAAAAUAAAUUCUUGCUUAUUAGUUUCUACUUUUACAAUUUGUUUGUUUAAUUCUUUUUUCCUUUAGUCUGUUAUCUAGUCCUCGUCCAUGUUAAGAUUUUUAUUUCAUUUAUUUGUAACUAACUGUAAACUUUCCUUGUUAAUAGCCUUUGUUUUUAUUUCUUAUAUUUUGCACGCAUUGUCCCGGCUCGAAUAGCCUUGCUAGCUGCAGGCAAUACUUUUGUAAUGUUAUUUGUUUAUUAAUAAGGUUUUGUUGUUGUUGUUGUUGUUGUUAGUGUUUUGAAACCGCCACCCUACUCCACAGUAUUUAGGCAUCUGUCUAACAAAUUGCUUUCCUCCAGUGAUCAGUUUGCACAUGGAAGUAAAAAUAAUCAUGACAUUGUUUGAAGAGUUUAAAGAAUAAACUGUGGCAUUUGCAGCUUGUGUUGUCCCAUGGUGGGGCAUUUGCACACUUUUUUUUAGCCCCAGCAUGGGGUAUUUGUAUGCAUUUGCAGACUACCCCCCCCCCCCCAAAUGCCAGGGGGACAUGUGCCCACUUGGAAUUACUGAGCCAUAAGAAAGCUCAUCCAACUUGUGGAUCCAUCCAUUGGUUAAAGUUUCAAACUUUGUUUCACUGCCCCAGGUCAGAGACCAUGCAAGUGACAAGCAUUGGUUUGUGGCACUUCCUACACUUUUUUGUUGUUUACAAAACAUGUUGAAUGGCAGAUAUUAAAACAUUCCACACUUUUAGUCAAUGUACCAGCAGCAAAAUCAAUGUUAUUGCUAAUCCUUCAAACAUGAAUACCCAAAGCUAAGGCAGGAUUGGCACCCUCUGAAAAAACUGAAGGGCCUGUCUUUAAAAGAAAUCUAACUCAGGGUUUUGUUUAUAACAGUUGCAUCUUUGGGCAUGUACUGGUGUAACCAAAAAACCAAUAAUAAAGUCUUGAUAGGAUUUACAUGGUUCUCGGUUCAUUUUUGCCUUUUGUUUUAUGUAAUCUGUGCUCCAGCACUAGCAAAAGAGGCCAGAUAAUCAGUGGAUAUCAAAAUAUCAAUAAUUAUGGGUGGGUUAUUCUAUUAAUCUAAUUUAUCGCUAGUCUGCACUGACUGCCCUUAUGUCAUAAUUGUUUAGACAUUAGGGGUGGCUAAUUUUAGACCGGUCAAGAUAUGUACAGGUUAAACUGUCACUAUUUGAAUUACUGGCCCAAAAUAUUUUGUCUUAAAUUUUGUUUACCUUUAUAAGGUGUUUAUCAUCCCUAAGCAAGCUCUUGGAACUGAGAAAGAAUGACCCAAAGGUUCAGCAUAACAAAACAGUGGCACAAUUCUACCAUUCACACUGCACUGGACCUGAGGAAUGUGGCAGGAGUUUACUUAAGAUACGAAAACAAGUGAGUUCUUCAACAGCUUUGUAUCUGGCUUCUUUGUUUAAUUUAUGUGAAAAUGAUGUUAAGGGACUUUGUAUUACUGGUAAAUAGUUUACAUGUACGUGCACUCUAGUACCCUCUAUCUGUAGUCUUAACAUUAAACCUAACUUUUUGGAAAGAACAAUAUUUAUUGAAUAAUAAUAUUUUAUCAUGGUUAUAUGAGAUGGAAAGGGGCUUAUUUGAGAGGGGAGGCUUAUUUUACUUAGUGAAUGUAGUGGUAUCAGUUCUCCAUAAAGAACUAGAAUAAGAAGUGGAAAUGCUCAAGUACAAGAAGUUGGAGAUCAUGCAGCCAAGACUCAAAUCUGAAAUUUCAUGAAUAGACCAUCCCAGUGUAGUCCAAAUGAAGUUUUCAUCAGGAUCAAGCACCUACUGGUUCGAGAGGCCAUCUUGGUUUCAUCACACCAACCCCGGAUCCCACAUCCAUGUUAACAGGCCCUAAGUGAAAAGAGAACGAUCAGCAGGAAUAGGCUAUUAUCGCAUGCAUUUUUUUCAUCCCUUUUAGGUACUAAUAUUUAAGCAAACAUAGAAAACGUUUUCAUGUUUGUACAGCCUGGUAUAAACACCAGAGGUGUUCGGAGAAUACAAGACGGUCAUUGUAAAUCCUCUAUUAAGCCCCCAGGGGCGCUUAUUCAUUUCAGGCCCAUUUGAGGGGGGCUUAAUAGAGAAAAGACGAUGGUAUCAGUUCUACAUAAAGAACCAGAAUACAAAGUGGAAAAGCUCAAGUACAGGAAGGUUGGAGGUCAUGUAGCCAAGCAUCAGAAUCGAAUCCGAACUUCCAGUUGGUAAAUAUACCAUCCUGGAUCAGUCCAAAUGAAGUUUUACAGUCGUGAUUGAUUAAUACAGUCUAUCAUUUAUUAGUGAAGAAUAAUCAUUGGAGGGGAGAGGGGCUUAAUAGAGGGCAGGGGCUUAUUAACUUUCUUCCCCUGAAGGUAUCAUCCAGGGUAAAAAAUCAUCAUUCUUCUAAAUUUGCAAUUUUUAGACGAUUAAAUAGAGCUCAUCAAGAGCUUUCUUUUAAAAAAAAUGUUUUUUCUGUGCAGACUUAUAGAGUGCAAUAGUGUUUUCUAUGCUAAUUAUUUUAAUUGAUCGUUGACAAGUCCUGUCAUACUUGAUACGAGUGCCGCUGUUGAACCAAGCUAAUCACGCAAUUUGACAGAAAUCGUGGUUUACAAGUAUCAUACUACACAUGACUUCCAUUCCAAUGAUGAUACAAGUGACUUCGCAUCACACUUGAAGUCAUUUCCUGCUUUAAAUUGCAAUGUUAGAAGCUUGCAGGGUAAUCAUGAGCAUCUUGUUCAUAUGUUAUCUGAAUUGCAGUCUCCUUUCUCAUUGAUGGGGCUUUCAACAAUUAAGUUUAACGUUGAUAAGGAUAUCAUAAGAAAUGUUAGUAUUCCAGGCUAUGACUUUAUUUCACAGCCAAGCCUCUCAAAUGCAGGAGGUGCUGGUUUCUAUAGGGUGUCUACAAAACGAAGACUGAGGACCCAAGAUUUAAUUAAUUUUAAGUCCAUCAACACCAAGGAGACGGUUUGUUAGACGCCGAGAGACUUGAAAACUUAAAGGUUGGGGUCUUUGUUCUGUGGUUUACCCUUGGUCAAACUACAGAAGGAAGACCUUUGCUAAAACGCUUUGUUGGGUGCCAAGAGACAAAAAAGGAUGGGGUCUUCGUUUUGUAGUUUACCCCAGGUCAAACUACAAAAUUAAGACCUUUACUGAAAUGUUGAUGGUCAGAUGCCCAGAAAGACACUACUUGAGAAAGUUUCCGUCAGUGCUUUGAUACUCAGCUAAGUGGCUAGCCCUAUUACAUUGGAGACCGGUUGUCGUACGAGUAUUUUUACUGCAGAGCCACAAGUGAGAGGCCUAUUAUUGCAUGUAAAUUUCAUCUUUCUUAUGUGUAACGGGUCAAUAAAAGUUGUUUUUGUUGUCGUUGUUGUUGUUCAAAGAAGCCCCACCAUCAACAGACACAUACUACAUACUGCAUGCGAUUUGACAGUUAAGAUUGAAACCUCAAUAAGGGCUUUCCAGUAACUCCAAAGCGCUCUUGUAGGCGAGAAAGGAGAAUAUCGUGAUCAACUGUAUUGAAGGUAGCAGAGAGGUCCAGAAGUAAUAAAAUUAUUGUUCCACGAUUAUCAAUGGCUGUGAGGACGUCGUUAUGCACGCGAAUGAGAGCCGUUUCUGUGCUGUGAUACUGUUUGUCGGCUGACUGAAAUGUCUCGUUCAGGUUGUUUUUGUUAGUAUAGGAGAUCAGUUGGUUAGCAAACGACUUGUAAACUUCUUUGCUGAUGAAAUUUAGGUUUGAAACCGGAGCAAUAGUUUGAAAACUGUGUAUGAUCCAGGGAAGGCUUCUUAAGGAGAGGGAUUUUAAUUGAGAGGGCAUUUGCCCAAAUUGCAGUGAAGUGUUAAUAAUCUUGGAGAUAAAUGGUAGCAGUGUACCCAGAGCAUUUCUUGUGACAUAGCUAGGAAGAGGGUCAAGAUCACAUGAUUUGGAAGAUAAUUUCGUAACACAUUUGCGGACUUCAUUGACGGUUACUAUAAUAAACUCAUCAAAUGUAUAAGAACAGAUCCGGUUGAUUUUGGGAACUGGGUGGAUAGGAGCUGCAGCAUCUAGGUCGACCCGUAUUUUAGUUAUCUUAUCAGAAAAGAGUUUAUCAAAGGUAUUUGCGUGCUCCGAAGGCGAGUUGCAUGGAGGAUAUGGUGUAUCACACUUUCUAUGUAAUAGAUUGUCGAUUGUCUUGAAAAGAAGUUUAUAGACCGACUGAUUAUCAUUGAUAAGUGAAGCGUAAUGAUAGCAUUUCUUGGAAGAACAAAUUAAUUAAGUUGUUGACGGCACAGCACUGAUUAAUAAACAACUGGCGAUCCAUUAGAAGUUAGGUCCUUUGCCACGGCUUUUCUUCCAAUCUCCGGCGAUGUUUUUUCAAGUUGUUUAUUUCCUUGGAAUACCAAGGUGCAAGUGCGUAUCACAAAAUCAAAAGCAAGACGUGCAUGCUUGAUGCACAUAUGAUGUUUUUUAAAACGGUGCUGAAAAGGCCAAGGAAAAACAUGUUAAAGUCAAUAACACAGAAUGCCGAAGGGCACAGGGAUUCCUGGUACAGUGCAAUGCAGUUGUGUAAAGUCUUACAGACUAUUUUUUUAACAGUCUUAAAAGCGGGUGACAGAAGUAGUUUACAAGGCCCUAAGCAGAGAUAGAUGGAUAUACUGGGCUGGUCACAUUCCCUGAGAAGCACUGCCCCCCACAGCCACUUGACUUCUUUCCACCAUCCUCUUCCAGUAACUAUAUUGUUUCUUAACAAUGAACUCUUGUUGUGCAACAAUACAUAUUUAUACACAUCUUACCCACGAUGGGUUCAUAAAUAGGGGGGACAGGGAAUGGAGGUCUCAACAUGUCUCUGUGCCCCCAGUCUCAUUCUUCCCCAGAUACAGUUUUCUUUUUUGUACCUCAAAAUGAGUCAUCUGUGAUGUAACUUUUGUGUUUUUAGGCUGAGAAAGAAAGUUCUCAAACUGGUGAAGAUAUUGAUGACAUAGAUACAGCUUAUCUUCUGUACAAUGAAUCCAUUAUUUACUUCCAUGUAAGUAACCAAAUUUAACAGCCCCAUCUAAAUAAGGCCAUAAUUUUGAAAUGGAUGAACGUGUACUGGUUUAGUUUGUAAGGAAUUUAGCUGUAUAGUACGUCUUUACUGAAUGAAAGACAAAGGAGUGUUAAUGUUUGUUUAAAUCAUAGGUGUGUUUUCCACAAGCAUAAGGUCAUUAACAUAUUACAAACAUGUGUGAGCUGCAAUAUUGAAAAAUAUUUUAGAACCCACACUGUUUGUAAAGAGUAAGAUUCAAAAUUCAUGGUGCCGUGGUCCAUCUCAAAUUUAUGUCCACAUUAGACUCAUAACUUCAUUACUGUGAACUGUACCACAAGCAGUGUGACAAAUUUCCCCAACCAGAGUGGUAAAUUAUCCUUAAAAAGCCCUAUAUUAUAUGGUAUUUACAAUGUACAUUUGAAACGUUCUGGGACUAAAAGAUUCUUUUUCACUGGCAAUUGGGUAUUGGUGUCAGUUUUCACUCUCUUGCUGCCAGUGGCUGAAAUGCAAGGGGACCAGAGGUGUAAGAUCGGCGGUUUUCACAUUAAGGCACUUUUACCCAGACCAAUGACGGCAGAAAUCAGAUAAGCUAUAACACUGUUGCUAUUCCCUACUCUUUUUGAACAAUGUCAUUUUAUGUCGCCUUCCAGAGUAAAACUAGACCAAAAGUGGAAUUCAAGAUGGCUAUGAUUGACUUAUUGCUCAACAGAGUAUGCAUCAACAUCACACGACCUUGUUUUUUUUACCCGAUAGUUUUCAAAUGUUGUUAUCUCAAUAUUAAGAGCAAUGCACAAAAUCUGUUCAGGAAAACAUAAUGCUUUUCAAUGAACACUGAGAGGGAAAACUACGACUACUAAUUUAGGAAAGUAUUGGCAAAGAAAAUUAUUUGUACACUCCAUAGGGCAGCUUAGCAUUCACAAAUAACAACACACUCGUCCGUUCCACUACCUGUGAAUAUAUUAAUGUUUUUUUCUGUCAAUUAUGUUAUCGGCUCAAAGGUACUAUUGAGUUGUGGAUCUACUGUCUUGUAGAACUGUUAAGGUGACUCGACCUAGUUAUUUUGUGAGGGUACUAUCCUACUUUGAAGCUCUCUGGUAUCCCCACCUUUACUUUGAUCAGAAGUCUAACACAUAGCGUGGAUAACAUAUAGAUCAAUCGACAACGUAGCAUAAAGUUUUUGGCAAUCAGAGUAAAUGUCACUUGGUUAUACUGCCACGCCUCUUUGGGGUCUGAGUCAAAAUUCUGCUGUUGCCGGCAUUUUUUCACGAAAAUCUCUCGGCAGUGCGCAUUAGUGCCUUGCGUUGAGCAGAGUUUCACCAAAAUCGCAAAGACCCAAUGCGAGAAAUUCAGCGGUUUCCAAAUUUAGGUCAUAAUUUUUGUGAAAAUGAUAAGCAGCUUUUUAGAUGGGGAUGCCUUCAAUUUUCUGAUUCCAUAUUUGGGCAUAUUUUUUGUGUGCAUCUGAUUGGAUGCCUAAAAAACCCAAGCAUGGUUCUAAAUAGAUAAGGGGAAGUUAGAUGCUUUGGGGUUAUAUGCUUCUGAUUGUUGUUGUUGUUGUUGCUGUAUCUCUUGAGUUAAAAUGUAUCUAUUGUAAAUGUAGUUUUCUAGCCGCCCCAAGGUAGGUAUUCAGAUGAAAUUGGUUGCCUCUGAGCAAUUAGUGCACACUGCUGAAAUUGACGGUCUUUUUCCUUUUGCAGCUAAGACAGUAUACCAAGGCAUUAGUUAUUCUAGAAAGACUGUUUAAAAUUGUUGAACCUAUAGGUAAGUUGGUGGUAGUAUGUUACUGUUGUACUUGCUCACUUGUAAUGCUUUGUGUGACAGCAAGCAGGGGUAUGAAAUAGUGAAUAUUUCUCACAUUGAUGAUCUUGUUUUUUAACAGAGGAAACCCUUGGAUAUAAAAUCUGUUUCCUGCUGAGUGAAAUUUAUCUGACUCUUUACAAGGUAACAUUUGCUUAGCUUUGAGACAACAAAAUGUAUUUAUAUCAAACAAAAUUUAAGAUGUAAACUCCAUUUUAAUUCUGUAUACCGGGUGUCUGGGGGAGGAAAUGCUGCUUUGGAGCAACUAUUACAAGUUAGAGCAAAUUCAACAGUUCAAGUAAAUGUAGAGAAACACUCAAUUCAUCAAAUUGACAAUAGUUAUAAGUUUAAUCACAAUAGAAAAAUUGGGGAGAUGCUGUAUUUUGUUUGUGUUAUUAUUAUGAUAAUGAUAGUAAUAAUAACGAUAUUGUUAUUAUUGUUAUUGUCAUUAUUUCAUUACAUUGUCAUUACUUCUCUGUGAAUUUUCUUAGGUGUUACUGUCAGAUAGAAUUGCUAUGUCAGUGACCAUGCACCUUCUUUCUUUCUUGUCCUUGACCACAAUGUCAGGUGUGCUGUCUUAUAUUUCUUAUAUUUCCCUGUCGGUGUGCACAGGCAUAUCCCAGAGCAUUGUGACCAUUAAUAAUACUGUUGUUGGCUGGUGUUUGUACCACUUCUCAGUUGUCUCAAUUUCGUAACCUCUGUAGAUCUUCCAAUGAAUGUAUGCUGCUGUCUUGUUAUGCCGAUAAAUGUACUCUGUUUUUGCUAAUACUGGGCACCCAGUGACAAAAUGAUCAAUCGACUCUUUAAAUUUUCCGCAGGCCCUGCAGUGAGGGACAGUUGUGUCUUUAAUGAUGGUGAUAAGAGCGGCUAGCUAGGCUCAAAUCUUGUCCUGCAGUCAUUAGACUUUCGGUUUCACCUUUGAGACCAGUACUUCUUAACCAUUGAUUUGUUUUCUGUUGGUCUACAUCUGCGUCUUUAAACAUGUGAGGGUACUUCACUUGCAUCAUCCUUUCUUUCCAUGAUUCUUGUAGUUUUUGUUCCAUUUUCUUUACUCGUUUUGCAUAAGCGGUUACCAGCUUAGUUCCAUCCUUUGGGAGUUCUAGUAUACUAAGCUCUUUGCAAAAUUUUGCCGCUUCUUUUGUUAUAGAAUGAAGUUCCUUUUCUCUGUUCAUGGUAUUUUAUUAUUUGGAGGAGGGGGGUCAUUGUUACUUGUUAAGUAUGCAUUUAGCCCUAUGGUAGUGGUUGUAAGGGACAAUUCGAGCUGUACAAGGCUGCAUCCUCCAGAUGUUCUUGGAAGGUACAGCCUGUCAACAUGAUUUGAGAUGAUGCAUCUUUGAAGUGGCCAGCAUCUUUCUUGUUUUAGCAUCCACUCUUCUUAUACUGCUCAGUUUCAAGUUGAUUAUGUUGAAGCUGUAUGUUGCAGCAGGAAUAGCUAAGGUGUUGAUGGCUUCAAAUUUGUUAGCUGUCUUAAGUUCAGUCGUCAAUGCCAUACGUACUCCUCUGUGUAUUCUUUCCUUAUUUUCUCCUUCAUGGCUAAGCGUAUACCAUCUCCUUCAUUGAUGCCUAAGUACUUGUACGUGCUUUCUUGCUCAAGCUCCUCAAUUACAGUGUCCACGUCAAGAUGCAGAUCUGUGGCUUUGGUCAGUCUCCCUCUCUUAAAAGUGGCUUUUGCACACUUGUCCUAAUUCUACCCUCUACUUCGCAUAACAUUGCGACAUCCAAGAUGGCAGCGGUUCUUCCCACUAGAGCAAAAACAACAAACAAGGGACGCUUUGACAGAGCUAAAGCUUUUAUUCGCAAUAAUGAUGCUGCAGAUCGGCUGACAGCUUCCUGGUUUGCUAUCGAAAAACAAGAAAAUGAAAGAAAUGUGCGUGAUCCCGAAGUCUGCAGUGGUUUUUCACUUAACGGCAUCGAGUUGUGGAAUUAUUAGAAUGUCUCUUUCGUCUUUGGUUCAAAUCGCAAAAUUUUUUCGCAGAAGUUAUUUUAAUAAGGUGUAGUUUCAGAUAAGAAAAUAAUAAAUUUUAAGAGAUGGGCACUUUAAAAUACUUGAAAACAAGUUUCUAAAGUAAACAAGUUUUUGAACGUGAUGACGUUGGCCACGCCAUUUCUUGCGCGAUUUCCCGCCAAGAAAAGCACAGGUUGCACAAAUGCAUCGCACGAUUUAUAACAUACUUCUCCCCGCGACGGGGUGACAGGUGAUUCCUCCCCCUUGCAAAGAGUGUACGGGCGUACGCUACAUCAUAACCAAAUUUUCUUCGAUGGAUAGUUGACCAAAUUUUCUUACCCAUGGUGCUCCGCUGCACGCCCUUCGCGCGCGAGAGCUUCCCUAUUAUAUACCUACCCCAGUUGUUCAAAAGCUAGAUGAAUCACAUGAAGAACUUACACAGCAUCCUCAGCCAUCUAGACCAUCAUGGCUUGCAACUCCACCUAAGCAAAUGCCAAUUCAUGCUCAAAUUAGUUACGUACAUGGGCUGCGUAAUCUCUGCCAGUGGAAUUUCUCCUACAGAGGAAAAGGUAGAAGCCAUCAAACAAGCACCACGCUCUAAGAACCUUACCCAACUGAGAGCUUUCCUUCGACUGGUCAACUGGCUUGGUUUAUCCGAAACCUGGGCCUUAUCCUCCAACCACUCACUCAGCUUCUCCUCAGUAACCAAGAAUUCAAGUGGUCCUCCCUGUGCGAAGGAGCAUUUGAAAAGGCCAAGGACUCACUCUGAUCUUUAAACGUACUAGUUCGUUAUGAUCCAAGCCUUUCUUUUAUUCUUGAAAGCGAUUCAAGCCAGUAUGGCAUCAGGGCAGUCAUAUUUCACCGCUCCCCUAAUUUCGAUGAGCGACCUAUCACAUAUGCCUCUAGGUCCUUGAACUCAUCUGAGAAAAACUACGACCAGAUUGAGAAGGAAGGUCUUGCUAUUAUUUUUGGGUUCAUCAAAUUUUGCUUGUAUCUCUUCAGGCGCAAGUUCACUCUUCGAACUGAUCUGGAUUGCUCUGGAUUCUGUGACUCCAGUUUUGGCUGCUGCCAGACUGCAACGCUGGCCCCUUCUCCUCUUGUCCUACCACUACGAAACUGGGUUCAAAUCAUCUGCUGAAGUAGCCAGCGCUGAUGUCAUGUCAAGGCUCCCAAUUCAGUACAGGAAAGAUGCAAGUGUGAAGGAGGAAAUGUUUAAUGUGGCCUCUCAUAGUUAAAAUGACACCCAGUCUCUUCGGCAGAUAUCGCCAAGGAAACUUCUAGGAACCCCUUGUCAGCGAAAGCAUUAUUGCUUACACAGAAAGGUUGGCCUGUUCAUCACUGCGCGGAUCCUGACCUCAAGCCAUACUUCACCCACAGACAUGAACUUUCUGUGAAGCAAGGCUACCUUUUCUGGGGCCUGCGAACUAUCAUACCACCUUCCUUAAGACAACCCAUCCUGGCAGAAUUACAUGGGGGCCAUCCUGGAAUUGCACUCAUGAAAUAAAUAGCCUGCAGUCAUGUUUACAGGCCGCAAAUUGAUCAGGAGGUUGAAAAGGUUACCCGUGAAUAUCAACCAUGCAACAAAACCUGCAAGGCUAUUCCAGCCUCCCUGCUUCUUCCAUGGUCUUAGCCAACAGCUCCAUGGUAACGCAUUCACGUAGAUUUACGAACUACCUCGUCAUGGUCGACAUCCACUCUAAGUGGUCUGAAGUGAUUGGUCCCAUGAAAACAGCUGACUCAACCAUUAACGCGAUGCACAAUAUUUUUGCAAGAUACGGUCUACCAACCCAAGUAGUCAGCGACAUUGGCUCACCCUUCCUGUCUGCAGAGUAUGAAGAGUUCCUGUAACAAAAUGGUAUUCAGAGCAUUCAAGUUGGUUGGCUGUAGAGUCAUCUAUCAGCUGACGAUCCCACAAGCCCUGUUCAGCGACAGAUUCAGAAUUUUCUCCUUUCUUACAGGAGCACACUACAUACUACUACCGGCUCAUCUCCCGCCAAGCUGUUCUUGCAGCGAGAACUUUGCACAGGACUGUGUCUGGUUACACCUGAUAUUGGGUCUCGCGUGGCCAGCCUACAAUACAAAAUGAAGUUAAUCAUGACAAGUUUGCCACAUACAGAGAGAGAGCUGUAGGUGACAGUGUUCUCGCACGAGACCUCUUAUGGGGACAGCCUUGGCAAGCAAGCACUGUCGUACAGCAAACAUCACCUUCUUCCUUUCAGGUCCAGCUGAAUGAUGGACAUUCCAACGAUGUACUUCAAAACACCCCCAGUUCUGCGGUGACUCAAUCCAGCUCCGUCAAGGUUACAUCUGAUCAAUCUACUGAAGGUGUUACUUCUCCCAGUACGGAAAGUAGUGCACCCCCACCUGAAGGAUCAGAGUCAAUGGAGUCACCAAGCUUACUUACUCCUCCCACCCCUGCUCUGCGUUGGCCCAAGCAUGCUAUUAAACCACCACAGAGACUGGUUGAACAAAUGGACUAAAACCAGCAAGUCUCACCUUAAUGACGUUAAACACAGCUUCUAAUAGUUUUGUUUGUUUUCUUGGGCUUGUAAUCACUUAGAGAGUAAUUUUUUGUUAUCAGGCACAAAAUUUCUGUGAGGAGGUAUCAUAGUGUAUCAUUACAUAUUGUUAUAGUGUCAGUAGUUCAUACUGAGCCCACAGUAUGUCUGCGGUUACUGAAAAUCCCAUGUGGUCUUUGAUUAAUACAGUUCCAGAGCUGAUCCUCCAUAUUGUGUACAAUUGUCCUAUUUCUAGCUGUUUGUCCGAGAACAUAACAGGAAGGUUUGCUAAGCACUUGAAGCCAGAGUUGCUCGUGGCGUUUCUUUCGUGCUUAGCAUCCUCCCUUGUGCAUCCGUAACUCGAUGGUUGCACCCUGCACGUUCACCAUUUCUUAAAUUUGUUUAACAAACCUUUUUCCAAUUAACAGUCAGUCAGUCAGUCUUUUUCUCUAGGGUCAGAGCCAGUUCUAGUUUUAGUCUGUCUUUCAUCCGAGUAUUCUAAAUACUCUUUUCCGUGAGCUGCUUGCUUGAGUUUUGACAUCUCCCCAGCGUAAUACUCUCUGUUCUUUACCGCCGCGAAGGCGGAAAUGUAAGGUCGAAUUUAACCACAAAGUGUUAACAAUGGCUUGAGGGCAUUCAAACCUUACGCAGUUGGAAGCAUACAGUAUUUCACUGUCCUCGUCUUUUAGGAUAUCCGAUGUCCUAGGCUUGUUUCCCAAUCCCUUGGCUUUUAGUUUCUUUUGUUUUGCUUUGAGAGUAGCCAUUGUAGUAUAGAACACACCGUCAGUAAAAAUGUGAGGCCGUAGUUCUGUUUUUUCAGAUAUCUCUGGAUGCUUGAAAGAAAUCCUCUUAAUCUUGUGGGUUCACAGUCGGAGCCAUCUUUUCUUCUAACCCCAAAGAUGAAUUUCGGAAGGUGGCCGUAUAGAACUUGUGGUGUAAGCUCAUGAAGAGAUGUUGAACCAAGAAAGGCAGGGUUUGAUGUCUGAAUGAAAUUAUUGAAUAACUCGAUGUCGUACGCAGUUUUCCUCUUGGUAUUUGAAUUUUCUUGUUCUUCUACGAAUUCAAUAAGUUCCUUACCUGUGAUCUCGACAAACCUGCUUGUCUCCAUUUUAUUAUAAACUUGAAACCUAACUUCGACUCGCUAAGAGACCAACGCAAAACCUCCAAGAAGAACAAAUGACGGAAAACCAGAAGUGCUUGACAACGCGCGAAAAUACUGUGGGCUGAUUAAUCAAAAAUGAUAUCAUGAUACGGGAUUUUUGUAUCUCCGUGACUUUGUUAAAACACUUGCUUUCUGUGCAACAUGGUCACCUUAGCCCCUUUUAUAGUUCUCAUUGGUCUCACUAUUAUUUCAAUCCAAGAGAAUCACAUUUUAGACACAACGCGUACGAUUUAUCACUCAAAACCUGGCGCUGACUACAUAACCACGAGAACAAGAGGGUCUCAAGCGAAGCGAUUCCCAUCUACAAAAGUCCUGUACACUUUGAAAGGUACCAGUACUUUUCAAUUCAAAAGGAAACUGCGUACUUGCGGUGACAUAGAUCCAAUUCCGGGGCCAGAGAAAAGAAAGUUCCAACCAAAAUAUCCUUGUGGGGUAUGUAGACGAAUAAUUAGAAGGAACCAAGACACCAUAUUGUGUGCUCGAUGCAACAUUCUGUCACACACAAAUUGCCUCAAAUUAUCCAAAUCAAGCCUUAAUUACCAUCAGCAACAUCCAGAAAGAGAUUGGGUCUGCUCUUUGUGUUCUUUGCCUGACUAUAAUGAAUCCUUCUUAAAUAAUAGCACAGUUGACACAAAUUUAACAGCCACAGAUUUGGUAUCGACUGCAGAGAAUACGCAAGUGGAUAUCAGAAAGCUCAGGGGAAACAACAAGAAAGAAUGGAUUAUUGCAAAUUUAAAUAUUAAAAGCCUCCCAAACAAAUUUGUGAAGAUACAGGAACGGCUGACGUCAAAUUGGAUUGACUUUCUUUCGGUACAAGAAACAAAGAUUGAUUGGUCUUUCCCAAACAAUCAAUUUCAUGUCGAUGCAUACAACCUUUUCCCAAGGGACAGAACUAAAGGAGGCAGUGGUAUUGCAGUGUUUAUUUGGGAUACUAUUGUUGCUCCCGAAAGAAACCAAAACUGUAAACAAUAAGAAUCUAUCAUGGUCGACUUGCAAUCGGCCAAGAAAUGUCGUUCUUAUUAGUGCAUACUAGUACAAACCACCACCUAUUAAUAAUAUUUCUUUUACAAGCGAACUGAUUACUCUACUGGACAACGCUUUUUGCGUAACUGAGAACGUGAUCUUUAUUGGAAACUUGAAUUGCGAUAUACUUAAUCCGCUCCACAACAACGAACAGGGGAAAUGCCAUUUAGAUAUUUGCGAUGUUUACGAUCUCGCCAGUCUUAUCACAAGUCCAACACGGAUUUCCAAGAACACUGCUUCCAGUCUGGAUGUCAUUCUUAGAAAUGUCCCAGUUUUCAUUUAAGACUCUGGCGUCAUAGAGACAGACCGUAGUGAUCACUGCCUGAUCUACGCUGUGUUAAACACAAGACUGAUGCGCCCUAAAGCCGACAUUGUUACAAGGCGAUCCUUUAAAAAUUUCAAUCAGGAUGCCUUUCUCUGAGACCUACGCAUAUUGCCUUUCUCGGUCGUGUCCGCUUUUGACGACCCUGACAAUGUUUACUGGUGUUGGGAAAAACCUUACAAUUGUGUCCUUGAUGGACAUGCACCUGUUGUAAGCGACGUACAACAGGAUCGAAAUUCAUUACACCCGACAUGCGCAAAGCCAUGAGGGAACGCGAUGGUCUGAAGGAGAAAUGUAACAAAUCUAGAAAUUCAGAAUACUGGGAAAAUUACCAAUUAAUCAAAAAUAAAAUUGUCAGCAUCAGAAAAAAGGCAUUACAGGGCUAUGCUAAAUGACCACGUGUAGACAAAUAUGCAAAUCAAAGACAGAUUUAGAGUACAUUUAAGCCUUAAAUUAAUUCACACAAGAAUAAACAUUAUGGGCGCAUUGUAUUAAAGGACAAUGGAAGUGUCAUAAGGGAACAAAGAAAGGUGGCGGAAACUUUGAACAACUUUUUCACAAGUCUUGGUCGUACUGAACAAAGUACUUCAGGUGCGAAACUCAACCCCGACGUUUCUCGCAUACAGCAAAACCUAACACCUAAACCUCUAUUGUCCUUGAGGAAAACAAACUCCGCCAAAGUAAAAGAAGCUAUGAUAAAGAUCAAAGCAAAGAAGGCAACGGGCCGUGAUCGUAUUCCACUAAGAGCCAUAAAAGAAUCUGCCGAAAUCCUAUGCCACCCUUUCAGUGAACUUUUCAAUUACAUCCUAGAUAAGUCUAAGUUACCUCAACGAUGGAAACUCCGAGAAGUCUCACGAGUUUUCAAGAAGGAUUGUUGCUUGACCAAGGCUAACUACAGACCGAUAACUAUUUUGCCGUCCUUGUCAAAAGUAUUUGAAACUAAAAUUCAUUCAAGAAUCAGUCCCUAUUUUGAAGAUAUAUUUUUGAACAUGUAUUCGCAUACAGGAAAAAUCAUGGAACGGAUACCGUUCUACUAAUCCUCGCAGAACAGUGGAGAAAGGAACUUGACCAAUAUAAUAUCACUGGAAUUGUGUCGAUGGACCUUUCCAAAGCAUUCGAUAACUUAAAUCUUAUGGAGCUGACGAUAACACCACCGACCUACUGUAGUUCAUGAUUACCUCAGUAAUCGACUUCAGCGGGUUAAGGUGACCAGUACUCAAAAUAGAAAGAAAUCUCAGCAGGAGUCCCCCAAGGCAGUUUACUAAAGCCAUUACUAUUUAAUAUAUUUGUGAACGACCUUGUUUACGCUGUCAAACGGAGCAAAUUGUCCGCGUAUGCUGAAGAUACCCAAAUAUUUUUUCCCGAUAGUAAGUCAGAGGUGAUCAAUGCUGAUCUCGCUAAUGUUGAUUGGUGGUACGAGGAAAAUGGCAUGAAGAGAAAUACUUCUAAGUAUCAAGCAAUAGUUAUGGGCAGGAUACAAACUAUGCCAAAAUUCUACUGCGAAAACACGACUAUUCCUAAUACUGAAGAACUCCAAAUGGUUAGGGUCAGAGUUGACGAUAAAAUAAAAUUUGAAAAGCACAUAGAAAGUAUCUGCCGAAAAGUCUCCCAGCAGGUUGUUGUGCUUAAAGGUCAAAUGAACCAAAACAUUGACAUAUUUUUUUUUGUCGCUUUACCUUCACCAAACACUAAAAAGAACCAUCCUAAGUGAGAAUUGGGUAAAGAUUUUUGUUCCCAAGCCUCUAUAGAAAGAUAAAAGGUCAAAAUCCGAGAAUUUCCGACGACUUCACGAAAACGUUUCUGAAAUGGCCGCGUGAUAGACUGCAGACUACGUGACGUCAAUGUUGGUCUUUCAGGACGGGAAAACGUUCUGCGCAAGCUUCUGCGCUUCCCUUAUCGCUGCGUUUGUUUGUCUCGGGCCCGGUUGUUCGAAGGCCGAUUAGCGCUUAACCCGCGGUUAAAUUUAACCCGGAUUUCUUUUUCUUGUGUUCAAAAGCAUUUUCACGGUUAAUUUUCUCUGUUAUUUUUAGAGCUUCCAAUCAUCAACUUGUAGACAAAAAGAAUUAAAACUGAAAUGCUUUUUAAGCUUUCAUUUAUGAAUUCAAAGCUCGCACUAACCCUGGGUUAUCUUAACCCAGCUUUGAACUCGGCCCAGUUGUUCUGUGAGAGUUCUGACCGAGACUGAAUGAAAUACACGAGGUGCGAACGUUUGUUCCUUGUAAAGGCUUUUGUUGUUGUUGUUGUGGCUGUUGUUGUUUUUUCGUCACUUGAAAAUUACUUUGGAUUCAGCACAACCAAUGUUAGAAUAAAAACAGAUCAUUCCGUCAGUCUGAGGUGGAAUAAAACGUUUUCAACAUUUCCAACAGGUUUGUAUUUUUCUGAUAAUCGUGCAUUCGAUUUGUGAGUUGAUUUUGUGUCUAGUGCUUCGCCUUCUUUCGUCGGGUUGAAUUAAAACCUGCUUGUAUUCUGUUAUUAGUAGUUAUGGUUACUUGUUUUUCAUGCCCAGAUUUACUUACCUUUGCAGAACCAGCUUUAUCCUUGUUUUCAGUCAAAGAACCGUAACGGCUAACGCAUGCGAAUGACUCCAAAACAAUCGACUCUUUGCCCGUAAACAAUUCUUGGAGCUGGAUUUGACCGCUGAAGCGAGCAAAACAAAUCCCUAUGUGCAGUUUUCUGUAUUUUCUAAUGAUUCAGUUUGCUGAGUUUAAUUAGCUUGAAUGAAGACCCUCGCAUGGACAUGACAACACAAAGCAAAAUUAAUCUGCGCGAAACGAUCAAGUUUAAAAAACUAUGGUUGCUUUGAAUCCGAUCUUGGGGAAGGUUUACUACAUAAAGAUUAACUCUUUUUCUGCCCACGCCAAAACUUAUACAUUGAGGAUUUUGUUUAUAUAUUAGUGAUCUGCGAAGCUAGAAGUGUACGAUCGAGCGUGGGUUUUAAAAUAUCAGCUCGAGUGCGACAAAGUUCAGUGACUUCAAACACAUUGUGGGCAAACCUGAAUUUCUUAGGGCAGAUUAUUAUACAAAGAUAUUUUGUUUUGUGUCCACGGUGGAGCUCCAGACCUUAUAUAUCCAGGAACGUCCUUAUAUCAGGGGCACCCAACGACAAUUUUCGGAAGAAUAUCUGUUCGGAAGACGAUUUGAGAUCUAGAAUUUUCGAAACAUUUGUUGUAAAAUUUCUUGCUUUCCUACCUCUCCUAGGAUUUUUGAACAUGUAAAAAAUGGUAUAAUUGCCUAUUUUUAACGGAUUUUUACCCUAAAAAGGUCACCUUGAAUUUUCGGGAGCCUUUUUUCUGGCUGAAAUUUUCGAAAAAGUAAGUUUUGAUCCCUAUUAUUUUCGGAUCACUAGACUUUCAGCUAGGAAAUCCGAACAGAUGAAAAAUUUUUAGGGGAUAAAAAUAUGCCUAUAUCUACCGUUUAAAUACUAAAAUACGUUUAACAAUGCAAUGUUUAAGUGGUUUUGAGCUAUAGUCUCGUUGGGUGCCCCUGUUAUAUGAACACAUUUUGUGAAUGCAUCUUGAAAAAAAUCGGACUUACGCACGCACAUUUCCAGUACAACUCAAGGAAAUUAGUAAAUGUCGUUAAAGUCCGUUUUACUAUGAGUAUUCUUCGAGAAAAUUAGAUAAUAAGAAGGUCAUAACCACAGCUUGCAACUUUUGAAGACAAAUUGCCUGUUCUUUCUAAGUUUAUGGCCACACAAACCACUUCUGCGCCAAGUCGACUCGAAAAACUCUGUUUUGAAUUUCCCGCUUUUUUUCACCUGACCAAUAUUGACGUCACAAGCUGGUUUUUCCGACAAUUUUCCGACCGCUCUACGAAGAUAAGGGCCAAAAAAUAGCAAUUUUUAAUUGCGAAUAUCUCAGAGAUACGUGCUUCAAUUGAGCUGAAACUUCAUAGUGUGUUUAUUUGGUUCGCAUUUCACUAGAAUUAAACGAAAAUAAAAAAAUGUCGAAAUUUUGGUUCAUUUGACCUUUAAUAGGAUGAAAAAGAUCCUCCCACUGGAAACAGGAAAGUGUCUUCACCUCUCAUUUAUCAUUCCUCAUCUCAACUACUGCUCAGAGACGUGGCAUUUCUGUAACAAAGGUGCCACUGCAAAGCUAGAGAAAGUUAAUGAGCUUGUCCUUCGUUUUGUCUUUAAUGAAAAACAAACGCCCUACCGUGAUUUACAAAAAAAAACAGGUUUACCAUCACUUGUGAAUCAACGCCUCGCUAAAAUAGCCUGUAUAGUUUUCAAUGUCAUAACAAUGAACAUGCACCAAAGAGCAUUAAAGAUUUGAUUGUACAAAGAAUCAAUUAAUACGACCUCUGGGGAAACGAUAUUUUAAAGUGGCCAAUGGCCAACUCUUCAACAUACCGCCUUAAAUCGUGGUGGUUUACAGCGCCAAAACUAGUAGACCCAAAACCCCGAUUCAUGUAGAACGAUACGAUCUUUCAAGGCUUUUAGAAAUAGUAGUAAAAAAAUGGAGUUGUCAGGUUUAGUAUAAUUGUAAAUAGUUUUAGCUUUAUUUAAACUUUAUUUGUAAAUAAUUUUAGCUUUAUUUAGUAUCAUGUUAAUUACAUUUUAUUUUUUUAAUUAGCUAAUGUACAUACAGUUUUAGUCAUAAUUAUCUAUUCAUUUUAUUUUUAAAUGUGAAAUACCUGCAAAAUAGCUAGUCUAUUUGUCACAAAUAGUCAAGCAUAUUUUCACAAUAAACUUGACUUGACUUCACACAUCUGUGGAUAGCAAUGAUAUCACCACUGGUGGGAUAGCGCAUUUAUCGAUUUGCUACCACUCAGUAUACGACUAACUUUUAUAUAAUAAAAUCCCAUAUCACCUUGCGGUCUUAGCUUACAGGUUCUUUCCUUUUCUUUUGAAAAAGUUUAUUGAAAUUCCUGUUAACCGGUAUACUCACUGAAAAGCUUGGUAUUUCCCGACAUCUUCCAAGUACAGUAAGCGCCAGUUGGUUAUGAAUAAUUAGCAAGGGUAUUGUCGGGCGAUUGGAGCCAAUCAGGAACGUCAAAAUAUUUUGAAUGGAAAAUGAUUUGAAUUAUAACACACUUCGCAAUUUUUUUCUUUCUUGCGAUGUUGUCACUCUUUGGGCAAACAAUGCCCGUAAAGUAAAUAGACUUUUCUUAAAAGUCUCUGAAAAGAACCCUAGGCCAUAAAAAAUCCAGGGUCACCGGCUGCGUACAAAGAUGGCGGGUAUUUUCAUGCCUCCGAUGAAAUUGAUAUUUCUUGCCUUGUCUCUUCACAAUUUUUCACUAAAAGGACAUGAUUUUGUCUUCGAAGAAACUACUUGUCAGAAUGGCUAUGUCAUUUCAGCGUUUCUUCUUCGAAUGAAGUUGAAUGAAGCGGGUCUUCUGGUGAAUGAAACUGGCAUUGAUCGAACAAAAACAGUUUCAUUAGUAUCUUCCACAGGGUCGCUGUCUCUUUGUUUGUUUAUUCUUAGCGGAGAUAUUGCUCUGAACCCGGGACCCAAGUAUCAUUAUCCAUGUGGUGCUUGUUCCAAACCUGUCAAAGUAAACCAAAAAGGCGUCCAGUGUGAUUCUUGCAACGCGUGGUACCACACUAAAUGUUGACGUACCACCUACUGUGUUUACCAUACUGGGAAUACUCCAGGUAUUGAACAAUAUCAAUUCCAAGAAAGCUUAUGGCCCCGAUCUGAUCCCAUGCCGUAUCCUCAAAGAAGCAGCCACAGAGAUUGCUCCAUUCAUACAGUUCCUAUUUACACAAUCUUUGGAAUCUGGAAGUGUGCCAAGUGACUGGCUGAUGGCAAAUAUUACAUACUUAUUACCGCCCUAUCUCACUGACUGCUGUUCCAUGCAAGAUUCUACAACCUAUUGUUUUUCGUGAUAUAACGGCUCACUUAGACUCUAACAAUAUUCUCUCAACAUGGCUAUCGCAGGAAAUUUUCUUGUGAAACCCAGCUAAUAACCACAGUCGAGGAAAUAGCCAAAGCCAUUCACAAUGGUAAACAGACAGACCUUAUAAUUAUGGACUUCUCCAAAGUCUUCGACACCGUUCCUCACCAGCGACUAAUUAUUGUACUAGAUUAUUAUGGCAUACAUGGUCACCACAAGGUCUGGCUAACCAACUGGCUUACUCGUAGGGAACAGACUGUCGUAGUUGAUGGUGUCUCAUCUCCUCCAGUUCAUGUAUCAUCUGCUGUUACACAGGGAACUGUUUUAGGUCGUCUCAUGUUUCUAUUAUAUAUAAAUGACAUUGGUUCUGAUUGCUCCUCCACUAUACGCCUGUUUGCAGAUGAUAUCAUCUUAUGUAGUAUUGUAGAGUCAACAAGUGAUGCUAAACAUCUUCAGUCUGAUCUAUCCACCAUAGAACGCCGGUCACAAAAAUGGCUGAUGCAAUUUAAUCCAAGCAAAUGCUUUGUCAUGAGGAUAACGAGAAAGUGUGAACCUGUUAUUUUUUAUUAUAAAUUAAUCGGUCACACACUAGAAUCAGCAUUACAUUAUCCAUAUCUUGGAGUCGAGCUAUCAUCUACAUUAGACUGGAGCCAUUACAUUGAUAACAAGGUCAACAAGGCAACCGCCCUGAAUCAAUUAAAGAAUUAGCUUAUAAAAUACUAGUGAGACCUCACCUUGAACAUGCAAGCCCAUUAUGGGAUCUGUGGAUGGAUAAGCAUAUAAAGCAAAUAGAAGCUGUACAGCGGCGAUCUGUUCCAUUCAUAAAAAGUCGUUGGGAGAUAACACCUGGGACUGUCACAAAUUUACUUAAUGACUUAGAUUGGCCAACUCUACAGCACCAAAGGAAAAUUGCUCGUCACACACUUUUUCAUAAGGCUAUCCACGGUGAGUCAGCGUUGGAAUUCCCAAGCUACAUCGAAAGGCACAAUCACCCACUACGAUCCCCUCACAAUGACAGAUUCAUCGAAUUGAGACCUAGAGCUGAGGCCUACAGAAACUCUUUUAACUUCUUUUAACUUCUUCGUAACGGUACGAACACUCUGGUAUCUUUAAAGGUUGGUGACAAAGAACUGAUUGACGAUGAGAGUAUUGCUAGUAGUUUUAAUUCCUAUUUUUCAUCUGUUUUUACCUCCGAGGACUUCACCAACUUGCCUUCUUUAGAGCCUUUAGUUUGUGAGAAACUUAAUUAUAUUUCCUGUACUACUGAGGAAAUUUUAAAGCAUCUUAAGUCUCUUAAAACGAACAAGUCCCCGGGUCCAGACAGAAUUUCACCAGUAAUUUUAAAAUCAUGUGCGUUCGAAUUGGCGCCCUCGAUCUCAUUUCUGGUUAACAAAUCUUUCCUGCUGGGCCAUUUGCCCGAAGAUUGGAGAUCAGCUGACAUUGUCCCACUUCAUAAGAAAGGUUCUAAACACUUGAGGGAGAAUUAUCGUCCAAUUUCGCUUACAUCCAUGAUAUGCAAAAUCAGCGAAAAAAUCGUACGCGAUAGGUUAACGUCAUUUUGGCAAGACCAUAACGUGAUAAACAAAAAACCAAUUUGGUUUUUUUUUGCAGGGUAGGUCUACUGUGACCCAAUUACUCUCUACUUUUCAUGACUUCGCCAAAUCUAGGAAUUCAUCUGUAGCAACAGAUGUUGUAUUUCUUGAUCUCGCAAAGGCUUUUGAUAGUGUUCCUCAUGAGCGUCUACUCAUAAAGUUAUAUAGCCUCGGUAUUGAGAGUAAACUUCUUAACUGGUUGAGGCAUUUCCUCACGUGUAGAAAGCAACGAGUUGUUGUAAGAGGGACUUUUUCUGAUUGGGCACCUGUGAUAUCUGGUACCCCACAGGAACUAUUCUUGGUCCAAUUUUAUUCCUAUCAUAUAUAAAUGAUAUCGUUGAUAGUGUCUCUUCAAAAAUUAAAUUAUUUGCGGAUGACACUAAGAUUUACAGAGAGCUUCGCAACCCUAGUCUCGAUGAACAAUACCUUCAAACUGAUUUGAAUAAUCUUGGUAAAUGGGCGAAAAAAAUGGCAACUUCGUUUCAAUGAGGAAAAGUGUGAAGCAAUGCGAAUAACGCAUUCUCGUGACAAAUCGACUACGAAUUAUAAACUAGGUACGGCCUUAAAAGAUGUCAAGAGCUUUAAAGAUCUUGGAAUUAUUAUAUCAAAAGAUCUUACUUGGAGUGAACAUAUUAGUACCAUGGUGAAUAAGGCGAACCAAGUCCUAGGGCUAAUAAGACGGUCUGUUGGAACAGCUAAUACAACAACUUUUUCAUUGCUUUACAAAACAUUGGUCAGACCACUUCUAGAGUAUGCUGCUCCAGUCUGGAACCCAUAUCUUGUCAAAGAUAUUCAUGCAAUAGAGAGCGUGCAAAGACGCGCGUCAAGAUAAGCUCUUAGGCAAAAAAGAGGUGAUAUGUCUUAUGAAGAGCGUUGUGACUCGUUACAUUGGCCAUCUUUGUCCAGUCGUAGGACAUAUUCCUCUCUUGUUGAAUGUUAUAAGAUCGUGUUUGGCUUAUUACACUUGGAUUUUGAGGAAUUCUUUCAAUUCGCAAAAGUCAAAUCCACUAGGGCAAAUCACUCGUAUAAGCUUUAUUGUAAAUUAUCUAGAAUCAACUGUUUUAAAUAUUCUUUUUUUAACAAUGUAAUUAGUUACUGGAACAAUUUACCUAGUAAUGUUGUUGAAGCCGGUUCCCUUGAACUUUUUAAAUGUAAACUCAAAUCCUUUUUAAAGUUGUAAUUUUUAUUGUAAUUUUUAUUGUGUGUUGUUUUUAGGAGAGUUUUAUUCAUAGGGUUAACCUCUAGACUCUCCCUUUCAAAUUCAUGUGGUCAUUAUGAGUUUGAAUAAACAUGUAUGUUAUGUUAUGUUAUGUUAAUUGCAGGACUUUAAAGGAAUGGAAUUCAUUGCCCAGCAAUGUUUUAGAUAUAGAGAAAACCCAAUUAUUUCAGAAAGCACUUAGAUUAGAUUAGAGUAAUUAAAGAUAUUAACUAGUAAAUGACAUUUACUACAUUAAUAUUGUUAGUUUUUAUGUCGAUGUCCAAUUUUUUAUUUUUUAUUUUUUCAUCUACCUACUAUUUAUUUAUUAUUUAUUUAUUUGACUAUCUGUAAGCUCAAUUCAAUUUUUUAUUAUGCAUUUACUUAUUUAUGUUGUUAGUUAUUUAUUGUUAUAAUAUCAUUAUUUGUUUUUUGGAAUUUUAUCAUUUAUUCAUUAGUUUUAUCUUGCAGUGAUGGGUAGGAAUUUAAAUUUUCUGUAGAUGUAGAUAAGCAAAGUUACUUAUUCCUUUACGAAAAUGAAUAAUUUGCUUACUCUGUUUAACUGAGUCUGGCAAAUUGUUUCAGUAUUGGGAAGAAUUCUAAUAAGAUCUGCUACUCUAUGGAAUUUGUUGUACGUUAUGGCUCUUUAAUUAAUGACAAUGCGUGUAGUGUUUGUAAAAGCAAACAUAUUAUCAAAGUAAAAACUGUGGGGAACUCGUAGUUUAAAAAAAAUAAUUCAUGCGAUAAAAUAAAGUAUUUAUUUCAAGUUGAAAUGAUCAUGUUCCUCUCAAAACACCCUUCCCUUAUUCAAGAGUUCAUUUUCUAAAAAUGGCCACUUUGGUAAUCUAGCUACAAUAUUUUUUGUUGUACUAAAAAGAGGGUCGUACAGGGGUAUUCCCGUGAUGCGUGAUUGGCUGAUUUUAUUUUCCGUGAAACGUGAAUUUAAUAAUUUAUUCUUCGUGAUCCGUGAUCUGAAGGUUUUGCGUGACCCGUGAAGAACUUGAAUUAUUAACCGAUAUUCGUGAUUUCACCACUCUAUUUGGCGUGAUUUUGAGAUGCGAGUGCAUGUGACAAGUAACAGACUUCGCUUUAAUUAAAGUAAUCCAUUCUGCAAAUUCACGUGCUUUACAUGCCUAUCAUGACUAUCAUGCCUAUUAUGGAUCAGAUGUCUAUUCCUAUGCCUAUGGUCUCCUAUGCCACUGGAUCUGGAGGUCAAAGGACAGUGAUCCAAAACAUCGAAACAUCCGAGACAUGGAGACCACCAUGUUCAAGGCCGGAACAUUGCCGUUAAACAUGUACAGAACAUCAGACUAUCCUAAAGAUAAAGUCUCAUUCAGCCCUAACACUGUCGAAGAGGAGACUGUUACUUCUGCUACGACCGUUACGACUGUUGCGCCUUUUGCAUCGCACGACGCCAUUGAAGAUGUUCAAGUAGUAGAGGAAGCCGAGGUAGAAGAGGAGGAAGAGUAUGACACUGACUCAGACGCUGAAUAUCCUAUUGCUGACAAUUACGAGGUAGAUUCUCUAGACGAUUUGUUGUUUCUUCGGGCAGUUACAACGCGAAGUGGACGAAUGGUCAGAGUCGUCCAUCGAGAGUGAUUUAGGUAUGUGAUUUCCGAUAAGCAGCCUUUACUUGGCGUUUAACGAUUUUGCUUUCUUCAAACACUCUUUCUACCGUAAGAGGUUAUUAAAACGAGUACCUUUCUUGUUUAUUUUCGUGAUUCGGGAAAAUGAAAUUUUGAUAGCCGAGAUCCGUGAUUCGCUGUUUUUUCUGUUCGUGAACCGUGCGAGAGACCCCCCCUGUACGACCCUCUAAAAAUGCAAGCUGUAUUUUGGCGUGUUUUUCGUUUGUAGUUCGCAAAGUAAGAUAUACAGGCGGGCGAAACCAAGGUUUUCUGCCUUCAUCCCCUCGCCCCAUCCCUUAUUGUUGAACUCAGUUCAGCUUUCGCAUAACCUGAGAUCAGGCUCUAUUUUCAUAUGAAAGCUACUAAAAUUGGGCCUGGUUUCAGGUAACUUUAGCGCUCCUGUGUAUACUUUACGAACUGCAAACGAAAAACACACCAAAAAAACUGCAUGCUACUCAGGCUACUGGAACUACUCGUGAAGCAAGCGACUUUUGUGCUACGUUUUUUAUAAUGAAAACAACUGAUGGAAGGUACAGAAGGUUGUAUAUGAGUAUAUUUCAACGCCUUGUUGAAUUCCCAGGAUUAUCAGCUAUGAAAGAAUGGGAUUCACUGUAAAGGGAAAUAUUACCGAGAACUAUUCGAGAUACACACUAAGUUUGAGAUUCUCUUGAGUAAACAAGUGGGAAGGCGCGCAUCAAAAUGGUUUUUGAAUAUGAGCUUACUAUUCUGAGGCGAAUUCAUUAUUGAAAAUGAGUACCUUAUUUUUCAAAUGGAAUAAAAAUUGCAGGAUAUAGCGUAUCCCGACACUACUAUUGCAAAUAACCUCUCAGCGAAAAAUAAGCGAAAAACAACGCAACAUUAUAAACAAUAGUAUUUAAUUUAAUUUUCGAGCCAAAGAAUCCUGACCAUGAUCUCAAGCAUGGAUGGAUGAUGCACUUAAUUCCUGUCUCUACUCAGUGUUUACUCGCGAGAAACUACCAAUCCCUAAUUAACCUACCUCCCCGUACAACCUAAUUUCUGACAUCGACAUCUCAGCUCAUUGGGUACAUAAAUAACGUCUUCAAUUAAACCCAAGAAAAGCUUGUGGUCCGGAUGAAAUUCCAGCCCGUGUUCUUCAAGAACUAGCCCCAUCUAUUGCACCUUGGCUUAGUUCUAUAUUCCAACAGUCCUUUGACACAGGAGCAGUACCCUCUGACUGGACUAAAGCCCUGGUUACAGCUAUUCAUAAAAAGGAUUCAAAGUCAAACCCUGCUAAUUAUCGCCCUAUUUCUCUUACUUCCUUAUGUUGUAAGGUUAUGGAACACAUUAUUGUGAGUCACAUUGCAAAACACUUGGCCGCAAACAAUAUCCUGAUCGAUCAGGAACAUGGAUUUAGACAACGCCUCUCGUGUGAAAUUCAACUUCAGCAAUCAAUGACUGGGCUAAAUGCAUUAACUCGCGCUCACGUAAUCCUUCUUGACUUCAGCAAAGCCUUUGACUCUAUACCUCAUCAGCGUCUACUAUUAAAACUGGAUUAUUAUGGAAUAUGUGGAAAGACUGCGGCGUGGAUCAAGGUCUUCUUAGGCAAUCGCUCCCAAGUGGUGUCUGUAAAUGACACUCCAGCCCUCGGCCUGUACCUUCUGCUGUACCCCAAGGCUCAGUACCUUGACCUGUUUUAUCCUAACUAUGUAUUAACGAAAUAACUGAUCACAUCCAGUCAACAAUGCGUCUCUUUGCAGAUGACAGCAUUGUGUAAAGAGAGAUUAAGAAUACUUGUGAUCAUGUACUGCUCCAGUAGGACUUAACCAGCUUAUGUGAAUGGGCUGAAACCUACAUUGUAGCAACUAAACUUUAAUGUCACUGAAUGUUAUCACUUAGGGAUUACUAAUAAGGUUGUCCCCUUUUCCUAUAGUUAUCUUAUGAAUGAUAUUGUUAUUGCUAAAUCACCAAAUAUCUUGGAGUAACUACAACUUAUAAUCUUAAUUGGAAUCAACGUUGUGAUAAUAUUUGUAGUAAGCACGCUUAGUCUUCUGAGAAGGGUGUUGUCGGAUUACUGUUGUGUGUGCCCAACUAGAGUAUGCUUGCUCUGUGUGGAACCUGUAUACUAAACGGAAUAUUCACCAAAUCGAACUAGUUCAGCAUAGAGCAGCAAGGUUCGUUUUUGGAGACUACUCAAAUUAUAGUCAUGUUACUCCCAUGUAAAAACAGUUUGGUUGGGACACUCUUGAACAACGCAGACUUUCGUACCAAUUAUCAAUGUUUUAUAAAAUCCAACAAGGUUUAGUUGGUAUCUCCCUUCCAUCUGAAGUAUGUUCACUAACAAGGGCUUCUCAAGCCCCCAAUGUAUUCCCUUUCCGUUAUAUUCAAUCCAGUUGUAACGUCUGCUCAAUAGUAGCCGGGAAUACGUUACCUGUAACCACUGAUAUUUUUCCCUUCACUAAUGGUAUAAUGCCCACAAUAAAUUCCAUGAUUAGGUUAUUGUAAUAUUAAAUUUUAGAGAAGGUAAAAUCUUGAAAAUAGUAAUUUUAUAAUGUGGAUAUCUAUUUUAGACUUGACAUGUAAAUUUUUCUUUUUUCCAUAAUUAUUAUUUAUUUAUAUAUUUAUUUAUUUAUUUAUUUUUAUCUCCUAGUAUGGUGUACACUGUUUUAAGAGUAUCCCGAUUCAAGUAUUAAAGAGCCAUACAUCUUAUGUCUCUUCUCUUGUUGACAGUAAUAUUUUAGACUGUUAGUCGAGAAGUGGCCUCACUGUCUGAGAAUUUAUCCAUCCCUACGCAUAAUUAGCUGAUUUUCAGUGUGAAACGACUUUUGGCGCAGACUGUAAUCCAUUUAGAGAGCCCCUCUGGAGAUCACCCUGCGAAGUUUUAGAAGUUUGGGGCUGAAACAAUCACGUUAAUAUCACGAUUUAUCGGCAACAAUCUCCCUUGUCAUGCUACUGAAAAUUUAAACCGUCCUAGCGAUGCUUAUGAUCGAGAUGCUCGCAGUGUACAAUGUAUAUGUUACAUUUAUUUUUUGACUCAGUUAAUUUUUAUUUUUGUAUUGUUUUUGGGUAUGUUAUUGUAUGUUAAUGAACUUCAAACAAAGGAAAAACAAAAAUUCAGUGGAAUAAAAAAUUAACUGUAACAUAUAUACACGACCUACAGAACUGAUAGAAUCGAGUGUUGACUGUUCCGCUUUCGUGACAAGAACGUGACCAUGACAACCUAGUUCCCAGGGUUCUCUUACGAGGUGACGUGAGCGAAUGCACGCCUGAACCGCCCCAGAGUUGCCUAAAGUACACUUCGGCAACAAUGACGACAUUUCGUUUUCAUAUCAGGCGAAUUGGGGGUGAACCGAUCACCAUACAAAACCCAAGUGAGUAGCUUAUUUGCAUAUCUCAUCCCACAGUGAUAACAUUAUUGGAGAAUAGACUGAGGCAAGCACAAUUCAAGAAAUGAUUUUUCCAAAAAAGAGUAGAUGAUGUUACAGAAUUUCACGCAAAUAGGUGCUGAACAUCAAAGAAGUACAAUCACAAACUUAAUUCUAGAUACUUUAUAUGGUAUUUUCCUUUGCUAAGUUACAUAUAUAUAUGAAUUGAAAUAUAUGAACUGAAUCAUAUUUAAAACUGCAGGUAAAGAAAUGAAACGAACAUGAUUUUCGCAGCAGAAUGAGCACCCUAAGGGGUUGUAGAAGAACCUGCUUUUCUGGAAAUCGAACCCUGAACUUUGCAAUGACCGGACGCAAUGCUCUAUCUAUGAUUUUUGCACUAGAAUGUACAACCUAUGCGCAGUGCAAAAUAUGGUUCAUUGUGCUUAGGAAAUCAACAACUAACACAAGUGACAAGAGGUUUUAUUGAGUGUAAUUUUUUUUCCAUUGUUAAUUCUCACCAAUUUAGGUGGACAAAGUUCAUAAUGUACUCUCAGUGUUGGAGAACAUGAUAUUUGGCUCAGCCAAACCAUUGGAGGUAAUUACUGUGCACCUAGAGAAAACUGCUGCUUUAGCUAUAAACGGAGUUGAAAGUUGCAUAAAGCGAAGCAGAAGAGGCGUCACUUAAGGUCGUUAGGGAGCUUAAGCAAUGGUGACAUUGAUGGCAACGAAAACGGCAAUGAGACUAUGAGUUUAGAUGAGCAAAACAAACAGUCUACACGUGCAUGAGGCUGGGCUGCAUGUGGUGCCCAAUUAUGGAAUGAGCUUUCUCCUUCGAAAAAAGACAAAAUGGCGGAUGGCUUACCAAAAUGUCCCAGUUAAAAAUAAUGUCAAUUGUCUCUUGUUUCAAAAGGCUUUGUGUAUAAAUAUCUCUAUUCCAUUCCACCAGUUAGAAGUAGGUAUACACUCAAUCUGUAAUCUAUAAUCAAUACUUCAAGACUGUUUUUAAAAGCCACUGCAUCGCGCAGUCGGCAGCCCAAUGAGCCCCCACUAUGGAGGUCUUUUUUUUCACGUUUUAUGCAGGACGGGAAUACAAGACAACGACUUUUAUUUUCUUUCCGUGAACUUAGAUAGAGUCCUUUAGAGUUCAACUCCUGGAAUAAGAGCGAUGAGGCCGUUUCAAACAGUGUGAAUUCACUUUUUGGGUGAAGUUUUCGCUGCCAUUGGCGUGUCACCGUUGUUUUACUGAAGAGCAUGAUGCACACGCAGAAUUGCUGUUUUGCUGACUAAGCGUAAUGUUUUUGUUUCAGUAAUUGAUGUUUUAAACAGUCCUUGCCCAUUGUUCGCACUUAUUAGAAAGCAAAAUUUAAUUAAAGAAAAAAAAAACUCCUCAGACGUUUGACUGCAAUCGAACAGUUUUUUGAUGUCCCUUUUACUAACCCGGUGAGUUUUAUUAGGUCCCUAAUCUUGGUGAUUGAACUGAAUAAUUUCAUGUGAUUAGCAUUCACAGAUUAUUCAAGGUGGAUUACAAGCACAGCUUGGACCAGGUGGCCAGUCCGCAGCUGCAGCACUACAGCCCAUUAAGGAAGUGGAUGAAUCCUUGAAACUGAACUUUCAUCAGGUAUGCAGCUGUAUAACGUACAUCAGUUUGGACCUCUUCAGUUUUACACUUCAAUGCAACGGGUUAGCCCAACACAGGCCUUCGUGAGAAUGACAAGAAUUUGUUUUGUUGUAGCAUAAAGCACGACUGAAUAUCCUGUUGAAGUCAAUGAAAGCCUGCAAACGAGAAAUCAAAACGGUUCUGAAUACAACAAGUGUGGUGAGCAUUAUUUUUGACUGAAGUAAAUAUUAGAUAAUGUCAUACUUGUUUUCGCCAAAAUUUUCUUCAAAAAUGUAUUGUCGAUGUUCUCGCCUAUUCUGAGGCUUCGUCUACACCAUCCCGGCCAUUCAUUCAUGGCUAUUCGUGCCAACAUAAAAAGCUAUCCGGCAUAGUAUGAACACCAGUUCACAGUGCGGCAAAGAAUACCACAGAAACCUAUCAGGUACGUGACGAUACACUUUCAAGAUUGGCGCAGAAAACCAAAGAAACCGCUCCGAAAUCUUUGCCCUAUCCGAAAUAUUGUGUAGACUUAGCCUGAAUAGUUUCCCUCUAGGUAAUAUCACGUAGGGUGUAUAUAAAUAUGAGAAUACCUAAGUUUGUUCACUGUAUGAUUUAGCCCUAAAAAUGGGACUGUUUCGGUGAGUAAAAUACAGUCCUAUUUUUGGUUCUAAUUUGGCUCCUUUAAUCAGGAUCAAUACACUCCAAUUACCUAGGGCUGAUUUGGACGCACGGGGUGAAAUGAGUCCCACCAGGUGCUGGAAUAGGCUUUGUGCUCAAAUAGCGCCAGAGAAGGCUGAAUCAGACUUAUAUGUAGGCCUUCAGGGCUGAAUUGGCACUUCAGACCUGAAACAGAUUUUUUUAAUUUUAUCUGUUGUUGUAACUGUUUUUGUUGUAUACGACUCGCGCAGCUAUACAGUACGCAGGAGGUCAUUUCUAAAAUAACAUGAACAGCGACACCAAGAGCAAAAAGUUGAAUUACACAAAGCCCACGUUUUGCCCAAAGAGUGACUUAACUAAAUAGAAAACAAAAAAAGGGUGUCUGCAUUAAAUAAAAUUGCUCUGUCAAGUUUAUUUAAUCGUGACUUUUAAUAACGUCAAUUAGCCCGUAAGUUUCCAGAAUUUCGAACGGAACACAAAGAUUUCUUAAUAUCCAAUUAUUUUAAAGCAUAGUUAUUAGAGGAGACUGGUUAUGAAAAGCGGCAAACAUCAAUGAUAAAAACAACAGUGCGGCAGUUUAUGUUCAAAGCACCGUGAAAGUGCACAAUCCUUUGUUUUCUGUUGGCAAAUUGUUACGGAAUAAAUUAAUGCAACGUUUUUAUUGGUCAAUACAAUCAAAAUGAUAGGAAUUCUUUUGAGCGUUGUGCACUUUCAGGUCCACAAAAACAUAUAACAAAGGAGUCUGACGGGUUUCAUAACCAUUCCACUCAAUUAACUAUGUUUAAAGUAACAGGACUAACAUGUGAAUGUAUUAUCAUUAUUUACUUAAUAUAUUACUAUUAAAACAAAACCCUGCUAUUUUAGGCACCAGAGGGUCUCUUUCUGAAAAGUAACUUUGAGUACCUGCGCCAGAACUAUCGCAAGUCCAUCAAGCUUUUGAACAGCGCUCCUAAACCAAAUAAUGUUGCAGUGCGAGGACAGUCUGCUACCACAAUGUACUUCAACGACCUAGGAUGUAUUCACUUUCAACUCCAGAAGUACAAUUUGGCUGCAUUUUACUUCAGAAAGGCUCUGCAGGAAAAUAACAAAGCUCUUUCCUCACUUCCCCUAAUUGACAAGAGUAUGUCUGUUCGUCUUAAACGUUUCUUGUGUUGCAUGGGCUGUGUUCAUCUUAAUUUUUAAUUGCGUAAACCUGUGAAUCAUGGUUGCCACAGGUCAGGAAAUGGUCAGAGAAAAAAUCUUCAAGGCCAGGGAAAAGUCAGGGAAUUUCACUUCGAGUCAGGGAAAAUUUAUGUCUUUGAAAGAGGUCAGGAAAAAGGGAAGUUUUAAGAGUACAUAUUUUUUCUUUUCGCUCUAUCUUUGCUGUUUUCUAACAUUUUAAAUUCUUUUGUACAUUUUACGGUCAUGAAUCAUGUUGUCUUGGUAUAUUAUUGUUCUUUAAAUUGAACGACAAGUUAUGUUAAGGAACUAUCAAUUCAUGUACCCUGCACGUGACUUGCUGAAAGCAUAAAUAAAUGGGUGGAGAGGAUGCUGUGAGGGUGAGUGCGUUAUCAGGACUAAUUUGUGAAAUGGUUUAUUCAGUUGGUCAGGGAAAUUUUACAUUUCUCAGGGAAAAGUCAUGGAAUUUCAAAAUCUUCUGGCUGUGGCAACUAUGGUGAAGUAUUUACCCGCAGUACUAUUUCGUAUGAAUGUUCUCUUUUCACUCACCCUGAACCAGUCAUAUCUCAGAUAACUUAUGUUUAGAUGCUGCUUCAUGAUUUUAAUCUCUUUUGAUUGCCACUAGACUUUCUAAAAUCACACGUUGAAGCGAGCAAAGCGUUGGGUUCUUAAAGCAUUUGACUGAAAGCUGCACAUAGACUUCUUUGACAAAGUUUUAGUUUUAAAUAACCACUUAAUGAUAGAAUGGAAGCAAACUUUUGGUGUGCCAUUCUGAAACGGGUUUUGUUUGGAAUGUUAUUCCCCUAGAUGUCCCUCUAUCUAGUCGCCCUCUUGUGUCUCUUGGUGUUAGCCAUCGUCAUGAGAUUCUUUACAAUCUGGGAAUCCAGCUGCUGUUCUCCGGUCGACCUGUUGUAGCUUUCGACUGUCUGGUUGAAGCUGUCCAAAUUUACCAUACAAACCCUCGCCUUUGGCUUAGGUUAGCAGAGUGCUGCAUUGUAGCCUUUCAACUGGUGAGUACAUUGCAUCAUUGUUGCACAGUCUUAACUUUGUCCUGGCUUUUAGUUCAUUAAUUUACGUUAAUGUUUGUAAAGCAAAAAAUAAAUAGAACUACCACAGGCAGCCCAGACAAACUGUCUGUCAAUAAUUUAAAAUACAUCAUAGAACGACAAAAGAGGAUCGGAGCUGGAGAGUCGACUAUAUUUUACUGAAGAUGAGUCAAGAAUUUGUAAUACUUCCAAAUAAAGCAUGUCUUUUACCAUUAUAUCAUUGUCCUUUUAUUUGUCGUGGCUCCAUUGCAACUGAAAUUUCCACUGUUAUCUGUUUUUCAUGGCAUUCGACCCUCCGAUGUGUAUAUGGACCGCUACAUCCAAAGCUUGUACCAAAGCCUGUACCAAAAUUCGAGCCUAAAAUUCAAAAUAUCAAAAGAAAGCUUACGUACGAUUAGCUGAAUAUCACCUUCUGCCAGGAACAGCAAAGUAUUUUGAAAUAUUUACAUACAGUGCGUCUGGGCUGCUUGUGGAACUACGAGAUACUUUGAAAUCCCCUGAACUUUAAAAUAAAUUACAAUUUUUGUAUCAGUUGACUUCUGAAUUUGUCGAUGCAUCGCACGUCAAGAUAGAAGAUAUUAUGGUUGGCUAGCGUGUUUCUUGGGCACAGGGAUUAUGAAAACGGUUAAGUGCACUCAGUUAGGAUACGAAAUUAGUGAGUUUCUUGGGUUUUUUUUGGUUUUUUUUCAACUUUUAUUCUAGUAACUGCGAUUGUAAUGAGUGUCUUAAAACCAAGUCUAUAAACUAACAUGACUGCCAGUCAGAUUGUUGCUUGCAAUACCGGUAAUUAUGUCGCCUGUUUGCACUCUGCUGACCUUUUUUCUUGAAGGCCGAUGACUUUCGCCAGCAGUGCAUCAGGAAAAGUGACGUUGUUCAUGAUGUAGUUGGAUCUGGGCCUCAUCGAAAGAUCGUGCUGUCACCUCAGACCACUGACAAACAGUGCAAUACAGAGUAGGGUUCUUUCAUUUUCUUCUCCUUUCUGCUUCUUUUGAAGUAGCUCUUGUGCUUUUUUAGUAACGCACAGUAAAGAUUCGCUCAAGGAGCUCAAGUGUUUAAUGACACUAAAGCUUCCUAGAAUGUAUGUUCUCGAAGCCUCACAAGUGGUAAAAGUGAAUAAUUUAAGUUACUUAGGCAAUUAAAACCGGCCAUCAUGUUAAAAAUGUCACAUUUUUAAGAGUGUCUCGUAAAUGAAUGUGUUGCAAUGAAAGAUGUCUGUCAAUGUCUGUUCUUACAUAUUUUGCUGGCAUUUUACUAUGAUUUGUAAGUAGCAAGUUGCACGGGAAAAUGGAAAGUGAAAUUUGUCAAAUACUACAUGACUGCCUGUUUCUACCCCAAAUGUAACCUAUGUUACAGGAAGUUGAGAAAGUUUUCGUGGCAAAGAAGUUCUUGAAUGGAUUUGCAGCUCUAAGUAAUGGCUGUCUCAAGCAAAUUUUAUCAUGUUGGCCUUCUGUGGCUUGAGUGUUCUUUACCUUUAUUUUACAUGAUAAUCAAGCAAACAUUCGGAAAUGACUGAAACAAGUCUAAGGGAAAAGUCUUCUCUGAAAAUAGUGGCCUUUACGUACUCUUCAAAUGUUUGAAAGCACACUGAUAAUAGGCCAAGAAAAGUGCCAAAAAGUGAUCUGACUCGUUCGAAUCAGUGACUUGCUAGUGAUUAGAAACAAUAAUGAAGUGAGGUAGUUAUUUUGAUAUGUACAGAGAGAGCAAAGUUCAAUCAGCUGCUAUGCCGGCCUGUACUCUGGCGUUUGCCUCGCUGUGUCUUCAAAAUGCUCUCAUGCUGCUCAAGAGCUCAGAGGUGACUAAUGUUCAUGAAGCUGAAAACGUACUGGAGAGUCAUUUUACCAAAGAGGAUCAGGAUUCACUCAGCGGCCUAGACACAGACGCAUCAAGGUAGGUACAUUGUACAUGUGCUCGUAACUCCCAUGGAAGUCACCAGUAAAAAGAAAAGAGCUUUGUUUUAGCACAAUAAGAAGAUUAGCACUGCUGGUGGUGUCGUGCUUACAUCAGUUACGAUUAAAGUAUGCGCAAUUAAAGAUUGAAAACUGUUAAAAAUAUUUGUAACCGAUAUCUCUGUUUUUAGUUGUAGCUAAAAUAGGUUCGAAAUUCAUUUUAUCAGUGUCAAAAUUUGCAUGACAGCGUUUAAAUACUUUCGAGGUUUUAGCUGUUAUUUCCUUUUUCAUUAAACUGUUCCAUGCGAUUGCUCCUCUGUAACCUAUGGAGUUUCUGAUAAAAUUCGUUUCUAGUCUUGGAAGAAUGAUGUCGUCAUUUCUUCUACGCCCUGAAUUCCCCUGUAAAAACAAGUCUUUAAAUUCCGUGACAGUGUAACCUUUAAUACUUUUGAAGACAAACUCCGCUAAUUGCACGUUGUACAUUGUUUCCAAACUGUCCCAUCCGGUUCGCGUUAAGACAUCUUCAGCGCUAGUGUCCCAUGGCAAUCCAUAUACAAUUCGUCCAGCCCUUGCGUGGAGUUUCUCCAGGUUGUUUAAGUGCGUGUUAACUUAACUUGGAUGCAAAGAACUUCGCUACAUUUGCAGCAUGGUCUGAAGGAGUCUUUCUGAGGUUAUCCACUUAAUGAUGUUGUUGCCAAGACGAAGAGUCAGUGAAUGUUGAUUUCCGCUGCAUGAUCAUUGCUUUACAUUUUUCUGGGUGUGAUACCAUCAACGUCCUGUCGCGCCAGUCCUGGAGCUCAACUAGGACAUGGUUAAGUGUGUUUGUUAGCAAAUCCAUCGUUUCUGCGAUACAAUAUAUUGUUGUGUCGUUUUUCUGCUACAGAAAGGUUUCCGCAGAACGUAGUGAUUUUGGAAGGUCGUUUGUAAAGAGCGAGAAUAAGGUGGGUCUGGCAUUCCGUGAGUUAUAAUGUGUGUAUAGGAGUCGCAUCUGUUGAUUCUGACGAAUUGUCUUCGUUCUGUGAGGAAGUUCUUUAACCGCAGCCAGAUAUCUCCUCUGAUUCGUUGGUCGUUCAGCCUUUGUAGUAAUAUGUUGUUCGACACGGUGUCAAAAGCUUUAGUGAAAUCGGCAAACAGUAUUCCCACAAAAAGCUAAUUCUUUCUACUGCUUCUCUCCACCUCUCUGUUAGAUGUAUUAAAAGCUGUUCUGAAGUUAUGAAUAUAUGAAAAUCAUGUAUGUGAACUGCGGAGUGAAGAAUUAAAUGAAGGGUGACCAUCGAAGUUAUAUAUGUAACUUAAAAGCAGUAGCGAAAAGAAAGCCUGAAAAAAAAAAAUAUUGGCUUGUACAGGAUCCCUUGUCCUGUGCGAUACCGGUGCAGCCCCUACCAAUUAAGCCAACAAGCCAACUGGGAGCAGGUCGUUGAAUUGGUUCGUUAUAAACCCAUGAAAGGGUGAUGAUAAAGUCAGUAUGAAUAUAUGAAAAUCAUAUGUGUGAACUGCAGAGUGAAGAAUUAAAUGAAGGAUGAUCAUCGCAGUUAUAUACGCAACUAAGAAACGCAACUGAUGCAGUUGCGAAAAAAAAAAGCCUGAAAAAAAUCUUGGCUUGCUGACUAUCCCUUCUUAUAAGCCCAUUGCCUAUCUUCAAGUAAAUUUUGCGUAACCACGUGAUUAGUGAUAUUACUUGCAACACAGGAUGCCAUUAAUUUACUUGGUAUACUGAGCAUAGAUAGUGGUACAUCUACUCAGUGAGCAGUCACGGCUUACUUGUCUCAGUUCAACAGUGAAUCGAAAGGAACGCGAGGCGUUUCAUCGUGCGACUCCCGUUGAGAGAACUCGGAAUUUUUUUUUCGAGUGGCUUCUAUCACCAACAGAAAAAAGAACAUUCUCGCAGCUAUAGUUAAGUUAAUAAUUUGACUUUACUUCGAGUUCUACAAGGCACUUCCAGAGUAGACGUAUUAUGAAUAGCCCUAACCAUGGAAUAAGCCUGUGUCUGGGUAGACCUGUUAUAAGCAAACCUUAACCUGAGAAGAGCCUUUCUCUUGUAUAAAUCAGUUUUGAGGUAAUUCCCUUGUUUUGUACUGCCCAUCACCUACCGCGCACAAAGAUGGGUAACAAAGGUAUUAAUGACAUGAAACUUAUGAGAUAAUGUUGAAACUGUCCAUUUUUCUUAGAUUUUACGAGAAUGGGUAAUUUGAAGUCACUUUACCGAAAAACUAUGGCCAAGACAAACAAACGGAUUCAAGGUUUUAUCAAGAUUCAUAGAUUUUGCUGUACGAUGAGUUUCGACGUUCGCUCAAGUUUCGAAUAUUUUGCAAGUAACUAGGAAAAAACACUGAGAAUAACGGGUGGAAACAGCCACGUUGACCCCAUCUUUUUGUGCCAAGGUUGAAAAAAAUGUGGGUAGAGAAUAAUGACCUGAAGGAGCUUCAUGUUCACUCUUUUUUCACUGCGGCUCAUUUUCACGAAUAGCACCUUAGUGGCCGCUAACAUUUCUCAUUUUCUCACCACCGCAACAAAAUUUUCAUGUUGUUCUUGUCGCCAAAAAUGUCUCCUUUGUCUUUUAUCUCUCGCUCUAGCUCUCUGUCGCUCUUUUUCUCUGUCUUUCACUUUCACCCAUUGGAAAUUCCUACUGUUGUGGGGCAAAUGCAAUAUGGGUAUGUUACAAAUAAAUCCACCCCAUGACACAAAGCAGAGGUUUGUUGGGCGGUCACAAGCAAUGUUUUAAUGUUCCGUAACUAUUGCUGAAAUCUUCCUGCACACAAAUGUCGUAAUGGAAUUACGCAUUAGUUAAAUGUUUACGGAAGUGACAGUUUUGUGUGUGCAUUUUUUCACUGCGCAUUGCUUAUAGCAAGAAUUCCACUAUUUUUAAAAUCCUACGGUCGAUUAAAAAAGUCUCUAGGUUUUAUUUCUUUUGCUUCAACGUAAACGUCCUCAGUUUGUAAGACAGAGCAUAAAUUCGUGAACAUAAUUUUUGAAGGGUUUUUUGGAUAUUGGUGUAUGUCAGGGGGGAUGCUAUUCCAUAACUUGGCUCCAAAUCUGGUGAAAGAUCGAAGUUGUUGAUUCGUUUUUUAAAUAUUGAUGUAGAAAAGAAGCUGUGGUUAUCCCGAUCCUUAAGAAGCCUGGCUUAAAUCCGACGAAGUUGAAUAACCUCCGCCCCGUCAUCAACUUACACUUCAUAUCAAAACUGACGGAACGUGCAGUUUUCAACCAAAUUCACAGAGUAACAUUCUUAUGAAUAUAAACUGCAAGCAUGUAACCCUUUUAGUUCUCCUUGAUUUGAGUGCAUCCUUCGACACUGUUGACCGCAAUAUGGCCAUUUAUCCGAGAGAAAAUAAGCCGCGGCUCCCUCUGGCCGCGGCUUGUUUAAGAAGCGAGCACCCAGUAUAAAUGGUACGCAUCUACAUUCACGACUUGUCCAACCGGCGGUUAGCUCAAGCUCCUCAAGGAUCGUGUUUGGAGCCGCUGCUUUUUACCAUCUACUUUUAGCAAACUUUUUGAAGUAAUCUCAACCCAUCUCAAAUUUAAGAUUUGUGUCUAAAGCAACUGAAAGGGUAGUAGCUGUACGCCUUAAUCAAAAUCUUGUCAAUAACAAUCUACAUGAGAUGUUUCAAUCAGCUUAUUGAAUGGGACGUCAUAGCACUGAAACAGCUCUCACUCGUAUUCACAAUGACAUUUUACUCGCAAUCGACGACAAUAGUUGCGUCAUACUCGUGUUACUGGAUCUUUCCGCUGCUUUCGACACGGUAGAUUAUGACAUUCUACUUGGUAGACUUGAACAUCGUUUCGGAAUCACCGGAAAGGCCUUAUCUUGGUUAACGUCCUACUUGACGGACCGCACCCAAUCUGUCACAGUGGCAAAUGAGCACUCCACCAAUCGAAAGCUUCUCUGCGAUGUCCCCCAAGGUUCGGUGCUCGGUCCUAUCCUAUAUUCUAUGUACACUGCACCCCUUGCAGACAUAAUUAGACAACAUGGCUUAAACUUUCACUUCUUUGCCGACGACACGCAGAUAUACCUCUCGUUUAACCCAAAGGCUAGUGGAGAACCAAUGCACUCACUGUCUCGCAUUCAGUCAUGCAUCAGCGAUAUUACCAACUGGAUGACAGCAAACAAGUUGAUGCUGAACAGUGACAAGACAACUCCUUGUACUCAAUGCUUGCCAUCGUUCUCGUCCUCCACUGGAGUCUAUUACAGUUUGCCGUGACGUGAUGCAUGCUUCACAUGCCGCAAAGAACAUAGGGGUCUGGUUCGAUGAAUUUCUAUCAGUAGACAAACAAGCGAAAGCAGUCUGCAAAUCGGAAUAGUUCUUCCAUCUGCGCAAUAUCGCUAAAAUUAGGAAAUAUAUAUCGUCUACUCACUGCAAGAUUUUAAUACAUGCAUUUAUUACGUCAAAAAUGGAGUACUGUAACUCUCUUGCCUGGGCUUCGACAGGAUCAUAUUAACAAACUUCAGCUUGCGCAAAAUUCUGCCGCACGUCUUUUAACUGGUACUAGGAAACGUGAACAUAUUUCACCCAUUUUAAGGUCUCUCCAUUGGUUGCCUAUUCCUGAAAGAAUUGAUUUUAAACUUUUACUUCUUACAUUUAAAUCACUUAAUGAUGUAGCACCGCCUUAUAUGGAAGAACUGUUAGUUCGUUAUAGACCAACAAGAACUCUGCGUUCUGCAGCUAAAGGACUCCUAGUUCAGCCCAAUUAUAACCUUAAAACCUAUGGUUACAGAGCUUUUUCAUACGCAGCUCCUAAGGUAUGGAAUUCCAUGCUAAUGAGUUUACGCACAUGUUGUGAACUGAAAGCUUUCAAAUCAAAAAUCAAAACAUUUCUUUUUAAGCGUGCUUUUCAGUUGUAAUUUCAUGUUUGUUUUUAUUAUUGUUAUUAUUGUUAUUAUUCAUUCAUUCAUUCAUUUAUUAUUUUUGUUUUUGUUUUAUUUUUUAUUUUUUUUAACAAUUAAGUCAUCGUAAUAUUUUAUUAGGUUUAUUACUAUUCGUACUGGUUGUAAAGCGCUUUGGAUCACUAAGAGAAAGGCGCUAUAUAAGUAUAUAUUAUUAUUAUAUUAUUGUUAUUAUUAUUAUUAUUAAUAUUAUAAAAAACAGUGCCCCUGCUGAUGACGCAGCUUUCCUUGUCGUUUAGCCCUUCGCAACUAAUCAGUCUCAGUAAUGCAGUCGAUGUCAUGGAGCAUUGUAUGGCGGACAUUCGUACGUGGAUGCUUACGGAUAAGCUUAAACUCAAUGACAGCAAAACUUAGUUCAUGCUGUACUUAACAACAGCCCUCUAAAAUGAAUAUUGAUGGCCUUGCCACAGGGACCAUUGACGUUGCUGCUAUCUCUGUAGCAAGAAAUUUGGGGACAUGGUUUGACUUUAAUUUGAAUCUCCAGGAACAGAUCCACAUCACUUGCUUUCUCAGAUUUUUUGGUUUACUUGCUGUUCGCGUAUGUGAACAGCCUGCAGAAUGCAGCUGCUAAUGUACCCACAGUAACAUAACCCCUGCGCUGCGUUCGUUACACUGGCUUCCUGUCAAAUUUCAUAUCGGGUUUAAGUAUUUUUUCUUACUUUUAUAUCUAUCUAUGGUCAGGCCCCUGGAUACUUGAGUGACGUGAUCACUAUUAAAGAACAGCCAAGCUAUAGUCUCCGUUCAGCUAAUGGUCUUAUCUCGAAAUAUCUUAGUUUAAAAAUGAAAAAGACUUCAGGUGAUCACGCUUUUUUAUCUGCGGCCCAAAACUUAUGAAAUGAUCUGCCCCUUCACAUCCAUCGUAAGGUCAAUUUUGAACGUUUUAAGUCUCACCUUUUUAUUUGUACUUUGAUUUGUGAUAUUUUCAACCUAUAACAUAAUGCACCAAGUGGUUUAUUUAAAUUUAUAGCUUUAUUAACUUUUUAGCUUUAAUUACUAUGUAUAUUUGAGCUUUUAUUUGCUUUUCCACAUUUAUAGCAUUGUACCGCGCUUUUUAAUUACUACGGACUAAUAAAUUAUCAAUAUAAAGACAUGUAGCGGCUAGACGCUAAUAAGCUCCGUUUGUUUACGGAAUGGCUUAUACCGCAUUUUGCAUCUGGUCUACACACCAAUGAAUCAAUUUCUCUGUUUUAUUUUAUUAACUUCGCCAAACAAUAAGAUAAGUGAAACUGCCAAAAAAAAGUGUACAUAAUAAUAAUAAUGAUAACAUUUAUUUAUACCGCGCAAAUUCAACUAUACAGUUUUCAAAUGCGCCUUACAAUUUAAAAUUACACGAAUGAAUAAUUAUCUAGUCUUUGAGUUACAACAUUAUAUCAGAAAAGGCUUUUUUAAAAGGGUGAGUCUUCAAAUUACGUUUAAAAACUUCAAAAUCGGAGGUGCAUCUAAGAUCUAACGGAAGAUAUUCCACAGUUUUGGUGCGGCGGCUACAAAGGCUCGGUCACCAAGAGUAGGGAGAGUCCUGAAGUUUGCAUUUGAAAGCAGAUAUUUGUUAUUUGAUCUGAGGCUGUAGGAAGAAUUAGGUUUAAAAUUAACGAGAGAUGAUAAAUAAUUAGGAGCUGUUCCAUGGAUUGCUUUGUAAGUGAUUAUAUAUUCUAACCGUCACAGGCAGCCAGUAUAAUUCGUGUAAUAUUGGUGUGAUAUGGCAAUACCGUGGUGCUAGAUAUAGAACUCUUGCAGCUGCGUUUUGAACACGCUGCAGUUUAAUGAGGGCACAGUGGGGUAGUCCGUAUAAAAGUGAGUUACAAUAGUCCGAUCCGCUUGUGAUGAAAACGUGGACUAAUUUCUCGGCAGAUUCUAUGCUUAGAUAUUUUCUGACGCGUCUAAUAUUGUGUAGAUGAAAAAAAGCCCUCCUACAAGUUUUGGUUAUAUUAAAGUUCAGGUUGAAAUGGUAGUCAAACCAGGCCUCGAAGUUUCUAAGGGGUUCCGUGCUGGGAGAGAUGAUGGAUUCGCCAAUAAUUAAAGUAGCGCUUUUAGUUUUCUGUAGCUGCGCCUUCGUCCCAAUGAGCAUAAACUCAGUCUUGGAAUCAUUGAUCAUGAGUUUUUCAUUGAUCAUUCAGCUGCGGAUGUCACAGAGGCACGCUUCCACUGCUGCAAUGGCGGCGUCUUGAUCGCAAUCAUCGUUUGGAUUGAAUGCCAAAUAGAUACCGGUAUCAUCGGCGUAACUUUGCGCUGUUGGCAAGUGCUGGUUAAUGACAUCAAAAAGCUCACUAGUGUAAAGGGAGAACAGCAUUGGGCCGUGACAGGAGCCCUGUGGCACACCAAACUUCAGAUCAAAACUGUCUGACUUUGCACUGCCGAUUACAAUACGCUGGGAUCUAUUCGACAGAUAGGAUUUGAAACACGUUACUGCUUGAUCUUUAAUUCCAAAUUUGUAUUCCGGGCGCUGCAAUAAUCAUGGUCUACUGUAUCAAGGCAGCGCUUAGAUCUAGGAACACUCGUAAUGUGACUUGUUCUUUGUUCAUGCUGACGAGUAUGUCGUUGCGCAUGCGCAGUAAGGCAGUCUUCGUACUAUGAUAUUUGCGGUAGGCUGAUUGAAAUUCUGGAAACAUCUGAUUGAAUGACACAUGCUCAGAGAAUUGUAGAGCAGCUUCCUUUUCAGUGAUCUUUGAAAGGAAUGCAAGAUUGCUGACGGGCCGUUAGUUUUUCUUUAUCAAGUCCACGUUGACUUUCUUUAACUUUGGUCUCACUAAACCCUCUUUCCCAAUGUCAGGAAAAUGACCACUACUGAGCGAAAGAUUAACCAUGUUGGAAAUGGUCGGUAAGAGUUCAUUAAUGCAGUCUUUAACAAUCUUGGUAGGUAUAGGGUCAUUGUCGCAAGUCUUGUUUGGGGCAUUCGGCACCAGUUUUUUGAUACCCUCAGACAAUAUAGGCUCGAAGUUAGUGAAGGGUGUGCCAGUAUACGAGUGCUCUUGGACGCUACUCCUGAUCGAGUAGCCAGGCUGAUUUGAUGAGGGGUCAAUUCUAUCCAGCUUUGAGCGAAUGUCAUCGAUCUUUUGUGUAAAGAAUCUGCCAAAAUCAUUAGCAAGCAUAGCAGGGUCAGAGUGUUUGGGGUAUUGUUCCUGUGACGACCCUCCUAUCAGUGCACUGGUCGUCUUGAAAAGCUUUCUCUGAUCACAAUCGUUUUCAUGAAUAAGAUUGAAAUAAUAGUCACGCCUUGCUUGCUCCAUCAUGUGAUUUGCAUGAUUGCGUGCCUUAAUGAAUUCUACCCUGUCUGACUCGAGCCCUGUCCUUCGCCGUAUUGUUUCAUUCCGUCUACGUAAACGCUUGGCUUCCUUGAUUUCGUUGUUGAACCAAGGAACCCACGGACGAACCGUGAUAGUCUUCUUCUGAAGUGGAGCAUGUUUAUCUAAAAGGCUGGUCAUGUUUGAACCGUAACAUCAGGUGAGUCCUGGGAUAGUCUCGAUUUCCUGAGAUCAUCCUUGAACGAUUUAAUGUCAAUAGCCUCAGUCUUCCGGUAGCAGACCUCCUUAACAGUUGUAGCCGGCAUACGGAGAGUUAGUUCAGAUAGAACAGUGCAAUGAUCUGACAAGAAACUGUCAGAGAUGAGCGAGGUCUGAACAAGGCUAUCCAGGUCUCGUGUAAUGAUCAAGUCUAAACUGUGUCCACAACGGUGAGUUGGUCUAAUCAUAUGUUGUGUUAGUCCCAUGCACUCCAGGAGAUCUAAAAAGUUUAUAGCGACGGCAUCAUCUGAGACGUCCACAUGAAUAUUCAUGUCUCCUACAAUAAGGAGACGUUCAGAUGACAGCACAAUUGAUUCGAGGUAUUCAGCAAAUUCGCCGAGAAAGGUGGCUACCGUUACUGGGUGUUUUUCAGGGUACUGUGUCCGAUAGAUAAUGGCUACUUUGACUUUGUUGUUUCCUGCGAUGACAAUAUAUUCAGCAAACUCAAACGAGGUCUUUUCCCCAGCAGUGUGAAGGGUCACGGACAGUUCUGUGCGAGACAACAGAACGAUACCACCCCCACCUCGGUGAGAGCGUAUUUGAUCGUGAAGCAUGUAACCAAUAGGAGUGCAUUUAGCUCUAACCGCCUCAUCGUCCGAGGAUAGCCAAGUCUCAGUUAAUGCACAUACAGCAAUCUUGUUACUGCACAGAUAUUCUUGGAAAACUGCAGUUUUAUUGCGUACGGACUGGCAAUUCCAUAAGCAGAAAUUCAGUGGUCGUAACAGAGUAGGGUUGUUGUGGCAAGUAAUCUUGAUAAGAUUUUUAAUGUUCCGACGAACACAAGUCGAGGCCACUGUAUUCUUGUUUACAUCAUCCUUUCGCGAGGACACUAUUGCCGGUAUUCCAAUUAUCCUUGUGGGACCCGGGUUAAGUUUAAAUACUAAAUCACCGAUCAGUAGAGGAUGAAAUGUCGCGCUUGAUCCAGAGUAAUAAAGGCACGGACGUUUGUGUCGUUUGAUACCCUGCAGCUGCGGAGUUUAGGAUGACGUAACAGGAAAUAGUAUCCGCGAGAGAUUUCAUGAUAGAAAUUCAUUUCAUUAUUGUAAUUCCAUGAAUCCAGUAACAAUGGCUGUAUCAUCAGAGGAACGCAAGCUUUGAAGUUACUCGAGGCCAGAAACGAUGAAGCAUCCAAAUCUCGAAUUUCCACAGCCAAUAUGCCCUCAUCCUGGUCAGAAGAGAGGUGGAAGCGACACUGAAUCUUUAGAAACCAUUUGCCGCAGUUUUGGCUGUCAAGCGGCCGAGCAGUAAGGAAAAAAAGAGACAAUAAGACGGACAGACCAGACGCACAUCCACACCUCAUUGUAAAUUAUCAAUUUACAAAUUACAUAUAUUCUCAGGAGUACAGGCGGGGACACUGCAACAGCGAGCCCCAAUUACUGUGGGCCCAAGAUGACACAGGUCACUAAAAAUGUAAAAAUUACAAUACUAUCAAAAGAAACGGAUGAUGUUCCGUCCUAAAUUAUGGGCAGCGUUACAGGUCAAGCAUACAGAUUUGAAAGAGCGAGGGUCAUCAGGGAUGUAGGAAGCGACAAGAGCUUUUUUGUAAAAACCGUAAAGGACAGCUUUAAAGGAACUUAAAGAACAAGCAACAGAUAGUCCAAGGUCUGCGGCAAGAUAGAUGUCAAGAUAUUCAUUACAGUGUGUCAGGGAAAGUAGGUUUAAUUGAAUAAGCCUGUCCUUAUAUGAUUGUUGACAAUGAAAUGGAAGAUUGAGGAUGUACUCUGAAGCUCGUCGCUGAAUCCGUUCCAUCUUGCAAACCAGUUCGAUCGAUCCAUGGGCCCACACUUGUAUUCCGUACCUAAGGUGGGACCUCACUAACGUUAAAUAGAUGGAUCGUUUUACAGACACGUUCUUAAUACACCUAGUGUUACGCCGGACGAAAUCUAACAUCCUGUUAGACUUUAAACAGACCGCACAAACCUGUUUGUCCCAUGAGAGGUUGUCAGAAAUGACAACAGCUAGGUCUUUUUUCGCAGUGGAGUUUUUAAGGGAACGUUCAUUCAAUUCAUAGCUGGCAGUUACAGGAUUGAGCUUUCUAGUUAUCCUUUGCACUUUACAUUUAGACUCAUUAAAGGUAAGGCCAACAGAAAAUGAACAGGUGCUGACGUUCCUUACGUCAGCCGCCAGCAACAAUAAAUCCUCUUGAGUAACGAUGGUUUUACAAAUCUUGUGUCAUCAGCAAAGGUUGGACUAGACUUGAUUUCACAAUGUCAGGCAGCGAAUUCGUAAACAAGAGAAACAGCAUAGGGCCUAAGAUUGAACCUUGAGGAACUCCUGAAGUAACAGGGAGUGCCUCCGAAGACACAAUCAAACCAAGCCAGUAAGUUCCCGCCAAAACCGCGUUGUUACAGCAAUGUGAGUAGUUUGCAAUGACUUACUUUAUCGAAAGCCUUAGACAUAUCUAAAUAGAUAAUGUCCACUUGCCCCGCCUUGUCCAACUGAGAACCAAUAAGGUCAAACACCUCGACCAGUUGCGCAAUGCACGAAGGCUUUGCCAUGAAACCAUGUUGGCAGUUGCCGACCAGGCUAUACACUUGAUCCUUAAUAGCAUUUAACAAACAACGCUCCAUAACUUCAGAGACUAAGCAGAGUAGUGAGAUGUGUCGAUAAUUUUCAAUUUAUUCUUUAUUGUGCUUCUUAUAUACAGGGACUGUGUUAGCUAAUUUCCAUUUUGUUGGGAGGGAGCCAAGUCUAAGCGAUUUAUUGAAGAGUUCACAGAGUGAAGGGGCAAUCUCGUGAGGUGUUUCCUUAAGUAUCCUAGCUGGAAUUUUGUCUGGGCCAGAAGCUUUGUUCAGGCAUCGAGACUAGACAAAACAGCUAGGACUUUGUUGGUUGUAAAUGUCAAGUCACAUAGCUCUGGAUUAGCAAGGACUUCAUCCACGCAAUCAGGACGGCAAAUGUCAACAUCUUGCGUGAAGACUGACACAAAGUACUGAUUGAACAACUUAACAAUUUCGCUGAGCGAGGUUGCUGAAAUACGUCUCCCAUCCUCAUCUGCUGUGGAUAUUACUUCUGGAACAUUCUGUGUUUCGAUUUUAAUUUUAGGAUCGACCAGAAGUCUGAAGUCUGAUUCUAUUUCCGAAAAAAAGAGUCACGUGCCUCGCGUAUUCUACGCGUGACCGCGGAACGCAGGUCUCUAAGCUUGGACCUCAAAUAGCUUGAUGGAGAUUCCUUAAGUUUCUUACGCGUGAAUUCCUUUUUCUUUAUUAAAUUCAUUAUGGGCCCAUUUAUCCAAGGCAGUGGAUUCCUUCUCUUGAGUUUCCUCUUGGGAAUAUGAUCUUAUACAGCCGCCAGAAGAGAUUCGUUACAGUUAAUAUGCCAGUCUGUGUUUAUAUUAACAUCGUCAUUAGAAACAGAAUAAGCCAAAUUUGCGACACGUAGCGAAGACCGAAGACCCUCAAAGUCCCCUCUAAUAUGGUCGUACACAAAGCGCUGAUUCUUAGAUGGUGCCUUAACAGCAAUGGCGACAUCGAACGACAUGAUACAAUGAUCAGUAAAUAUCGCCGCCUCCUCAGGAUUUAUCACUUCUAACCCAUUCACUUGGUCCGGCACGUUUCAGAUCUCCAGGUCGAGGACAUUGUUUACACAUGUCGGCAGGUAAUAAAGUCGGAGUAACACCUGAUCGUUGAGAAUAUCAACAAAGUGCUGUUCACAAGUACUAGUAGAAGACUCUGACGAAUCCCAAGAGAUUUUAGGAAGGUUUAUGUCUCCUCAAAUUAGCAUAUUAUCAAACUUGUUACAGGAUUCAUCAAGAAAACUAUCAAACAAGUCUAGCCAACGUUGGCGCAACGAGUCACGCUCAUUCCCCUGUCGCUACAGAUCACGUUUCAUCUUCCUGUCAUAAGCACGCCGAUGACCACAGUUACCUUUUUUUUACAAUUUCUUUUGACUAGAAAGCAAUCAGCUGAUAUAUUGAUAUGCAACGACUCGAGGCACAUAAACUCUUUCUGUUUAGGAACCUAGUCAUACAGUAUUUUGCAUUUGGCCUACAGAAUUUCGGUUUUACCUACUAACUUUUUACAAAUCGAUGGCAAAAUGAUUCCACUUUCUCAGGGAUGGAAACUGCAUGCAUGAUUGCUUGGUGGUUACUGAUUUGGGUACUCACUUAUAAUUUCUUACGCUUACUUACUUACAUUUUAAGUUUUCAGCAGUAAUGUAAGGCGUCACUUGGACCUCGAUUUUUUUAUUUAAAAUGCUAUUGAAGGACAACAUACAAAGACUAAGUUCAAAUGAAGGUUUUUCGUGUUAGUUUGUCUUGGUGAGUGUAGUGUGUUACUUGCAGUGAUAGUGGAGGAUUUAGUCGGUCUUCGUCUAUGCAAAGUGAAACAAGUAUUCCAGCUCCUCCCGCUCCUCCUGUUAAACUUCGUGAGCUUCCACACCUCAGGUGAGUCAAAAACUUAUUGAUGUCUUCAGCAAUUAAAACCUUACUUUUUCGAUUGAUUAUUACGAUAGUGUACGGUUGUGAAGAAGUAUUAAGCGAUAAAUUUUGUUUUACCGCCAACAAUGAGUCGAUUUCCUCGCUUAGAAUUCAGUAGGAUUCCCUAGGGUUUCUGCAGAGGCGCUGACAUUAUUUUAUUUAUUAUUUUUUUGGCAGUUAUUAUUAUUUACAUACUAUCUGUAUUGAUUUUUCUAUAUAGGUGUUCAAUUCUCGCUAGCAGUGCUUAUGUAGCUCUUGGUUUGGGGGACAAUGUAAUGGCUCUAACUCACGCUCAGAGACUGUUAUCUCAAUCUAACCUUGUUGGAGGACUCAAGUGAGUACUGCCUUUCCGCGUAGCAAGUUUUUGGGACUCAACAGCUUAACACUUAUUGAAAGAUUUUGAAAACAUUUGAAGAAUUUUUUUCACAUUUUUAGGUUCCUUGGUCAUCUAUAUGCUGCUGAGGCUCUGAUCAAACUGAAUCGUUUGCCUGAAGCUAUCAUGCACCUUUCAACGGAGAAUAUCAACAACAUCACAAUCAUUCCGCCCUACAAUACAAGUGUGUGUUUUACGUUUACGGUUGAUUUAACGCGUAAAUAGUAGUCUUCGUACUGGUUAUGUGUUUAAGCUAUUUGUUUCUGUAUUGUUUGUUUGUUUGUUUUUUUGUUUUGUUACCACCAACAAUGUUGUUAUGUUUCAGCAGUUCUGCCGAAUGAUAAUGGAGAUAGGGACAAAGAAGUUUCUAGACCACAUGGUAAGAGAAUUUCAAAGAUUCUUAGUAACAAUAGAUACUGUCAGCUGCUACCCUCUUUAUGUAAAGUCACCCAAGUCUAAAUCCUAACCUCAAGGCGCAGUAAAGCAACGCUAUCUAAAGCAAGAUACCAGUAGACAGUUUGUGGUUGUGACAUGCAUACAAACUGUUUGUGCUUUGCGGUAAUUUUUGCCUAAAGACCACUUAGUUGUGGGAGCUUUAGAAGACAAAUCAAGAAAACGUAUCAGCGUAGCUUCCGCGCGCGUGGUGGAGCCACAUUGCUACAGAAAUUGGAAACAUACCGUUGCCCGAAAGUUUGGUUAUGACGUGUACGUACACCCGUGUGCGCAAGUUUUAAUUCAAAACUUCAGACUUUCGACUGGGAAUAGCCUUUUUUGAACUUUUUCUGCAGUGUGUCAAUUCUUGUGGUUAAUUGGUUCAAACUGAUAUACACUUUUCAUUUAAUAUUGUUUAAUUUUAAAGUGUAGGAAGUUUUUGUCUCGUUUUACCAGUUUUGGCAUGAAAAGUGGUGUUUUUCACUGGCCGGUAAGGCCUAAGCCAAACUUCGAACUUUUCAUGAGACGAACCAAACUUAGUGAGUUAAGUUCAUGAAAAGUUCGACGUCUGGCUCAGUUAAGGUCGUCUAAAUGAGUUUGAAUCGUCCAACAGGUUCUAUCCGUUUGCUUCAGAUAGAUAGAACGUCUGAAGACUGUCUCCGGAACAAUCGUUGAUCUUUACUUGCGACGAACUAAACUAGUAAAUUAAAAAUUUGCAUGGUAAUGUCUAUUUUGCCUUGUUCGGGAGAAAAUUUAUUAAAAUUACUUUUUGGUCUGAUUCAGUUGAUGGGCUCGACGCAUUACUUGACUUAAUUUAAGUCGACCCAAAUUAGAGUUUGUUCAGUCUUAUGAAACGUUCGACGUUUGGCCUAGACCUAAGCUACCGAUAAACUUAGUCUAUUCACAUAAGACUGUAAAAUGCAAAUCACAAAAACAUCUACUAGCGAGUGACUGUUUCGAGUUUUCGGAGAGUUAAGAAUUAAGUCUUGUGCUUUAUCUUUUGCAAGACCUUUUUCGGUGUGAUAUGAAAAAAUAUUAUACACUCGACCGGCUUAUGUGCUUUGCAAACGUCUGUGAAUUUAUCAUCACCAGUAUUACAACUCUCCCAAACUGAGGAAAAAGAAAACAACAUUCCGACAUGCUUACCCCUUUUAUAUUUCAAGAAGAAGAUAAUAGGCUAAAACAUAAAACGUUAGCGUAAACAGACGGCAAUUUUCCUGAAAAAAUGAUAAGCUUUAAGGAACGGAUAAGUAAAGCAAAAUGUGAUUUUUGAAAUCAAAACUAUUUUUAACCGUGAUUGUUUGACCAGCAUGUGCAUAACAAAAGCUUGAUGUAUACAAAGCGCAUAAUUCAGAUUUAAAGAACGUUUUAUUUUUGUACUGUUAACUAUUGACUGUUAAGCCCCGUGCAAACGGAUGCAACAUUGUUGGAUGUUACAUGUUGCGUCCGUUUGCACACCCUGUUGCAUGUUGUUGGAUGUUGUUUCGCAAAGUUUGAAACCGGUCAAACUUUUCAGCCAACAACACCCAACAUUUCUUUUGUUCCGUGAUCGUCGAAGCGUAGCGCAACAAUGUUGGAUCCGUUUGCGCAACUCUUCCAACAUUGCUGGGGCCACGCACGCUCAUUACGCAUGGUUUCAAAGACUUAUGGGUUGUAUCCUUCCCACGAUGCACUGCAGGUCCCAACAUUGUUGGGAGUUAUUGCAUCCGUUUGCACACCACUGCCAACACGCAGGCGUUGUUGCCUUCGUUUGCUCGCAGCCUUAAAUUGCAAUGUUGGUGCGAAUAAUUAUAGGUUUGGCAACUAAAACUAUCAUUGUAAUCAACUGUUCUGUCCUUUGUUUGAGCAAUAUUUUUAAUGAUUUUCUGUUUUAUUUGCAAGGACCCAAUAAUCAAUUCGAAACUUUUAACCUUUUAAGACAGGCCUGUUCAAAUUCCCGUAACAUUAGGCCAAAAAAGUGGUCUAAGACCCUACCUCAGGAACAGCUGUCAAUGCCCACCCCCAAAGAAGAAAUUGUUUGCAGAUAAUGAAUUUGAAAAAUUAAGAGAGAGUCUCCCAAAAAACCCGUCCACUGCGUUUCGGGUCGGAAAUCAAUUCCUUUAAACUUUGCCCAUGAAUAUAUCUUAGUCCAAGAGUAAUUGAAACCGCAUUAGUUUUUGGAAAUAUUUCAAAAUAAAAUGUUUUAGGAGGAAAAUCACUUAAGCUGUCGAUGGCCAGGAUUAAAUUGGUCCUUAAAACAUGUAAAGUACAAAAAAGCAACGCAUUGUUUCAUUUACACCCACUUUGCCGUAGGCGGGAAAGGGCUCAAAAAUGCAUCUUUUCAUCCUGGCUCUGUGCGAAAUUCCCACAUCUUCCAAACAAAAUACCUUUUCAGACCAACAUAGUGAACAUAGAAACAUAAAAAUAUGUUGUGAUUUAAGCCAUUUAUUAGCGCAGCCGAUUGAAGAAAUAUGCCUAUUUUUUGUUAUGACUGUUUACAAUACACGAUGGAAAGUCUUAAUGCAAAGCCGCAAUAACACAAUAAUUCAUAAAGUGUAUCAAGUAUUUUAAACUUUUUGCGACUUUUAACACAAUAGAACAUCAGUUAGGAAAGAAAACCCUUUAAACCGAACGCAUCAAUACUACAGGUGUACCUGUUUACAGCGCUUGAUCUGAUCGAGUCAUCUUCGCUGUGUACGCAAAACUGACAUCACGUGAUGGUGCUUGUCACUUAUUCCUAUGUCUGGAAUCGUUACGCCUCGAAAAACUUUUUUGUUAGCCUGACUAAAAUUGAAAGGGAGGAAAUUAUCUUAUCAAUAGAGUAUCCUAUUAUAUUUAUUGCUACAAAAUCAAGAAUCAUGCACGCAUAAGUGCCUAGUGCAUUAACAAUAGCAACUUUUUAGUUUUCCAGGAGCAGGCUCCUCUACAUUCAGGUUAGCAUUUACAAAACAACUGGUUGUUGCUAUGUGCUUUUACUUUGUUUUGUCUUAUGUUUGUCGUUAAUAUUUGCAUUAAUUUUUUUAAAUAUAUUUCAUAUUUCUGGUAGCCCGUGGUAUUAAACCGACGAGUACCUGUCCUGUUUUCAGGUCUCAUCAAGCUCCACGACCCAGGGUGGGGCCGGUGAUGGGGGUGCAGUGUGCUUGCUGGCAGAAGGCCCGCUAGACUUUCCACAGUUCUCUAUUUUUCCUUGAAAUCGUCGGGAUCAAGCACAUUCUCUUACAGGUGGCCAUCUUGGUUUCAGAUGCACCUUGUUUAGCCUGGGGAUGACUAUGAAAUGAAAUCCAGCUACUUUUGGGGCAGCAGACCCAAGAAGGUCGCACAUCUAGACGAUCUUACGGAAGGAUAAUAUACUGUGAACAGUCUAGUGGCCCGCAAACAAACAUCCCCCCCACCCCCUUGCUGUUAUUCUGGAAAAACAUACUGUACCUUUGAAAUCAGAUUACUCUGCUUAUUCAUCUGGUGGUUUACCUCGCUUAGCGCUUUCGAUGUCGACUGUAUUCCUUCAGUUUCUGGUUUGACUAACAUCUUGUACACUAGCUAAUAAUCAAUAGUAGUUUUAGGUGGGGCUAAAAGCGCAGCUCUCGUUAAUAUAGUCAAAGUUGUACCCCGGAAAACAAUUAAUAAAAAUCGUGUUAAUUGGUGAAGGCAAUGAGAAAUGCCAAAAAAAAUCAAUAGGGCUUAAGGUGAUUCCCUGGUUUUGCACUGCGCAUCUCUUACUGCGCAUAACAAGAUGGCCACCGUAAAAAAGGGGAAAAGAAGUAACAUCAUUAAAAUGAAGUUGACUGAAGAGAAACGCUACUGGAAUUUUUGCUUGCGGUUGUUUCUUGCCGAGGUGAGACUCAAUGUGUUGGGAAUGUGCAUAACGUAAGCAGUACGCGUGUUGCUGAGUUCGACUUCCUCACGGAGAACCUCGAUAGUGGAUGUUUAGCUUGUGCUUACUCACUUCGAUUUUCAUUUAAACGCUUUCUUUAUCACAUUGUGUCCUAAAUGUGAUAUCUCGAUGUAAAUUCUGUAAAAACGGAUUUUUUAAUACUUUCUUCCCCCUUUCACAUACAUUCUAUUUUGAAACUCGCCCCAGUCCUCUCUCAAAUAUCGGAGAAAAUGCAUUUGGUGCGCACUUUCUGCAGCUCUACCGCAAAAACGAGUACGGUGACCCCCAUUUUUUAUUUCAUGAUUUUAAUAAGGACAGUGCUUCCUUUCGAUGAGAAAAAAAUUUGCACAAAUCUAUGUUCAGUUUUUUGGCAAUUUUACUAAAUUGUACGGAUUGAGCUAUCACGGGUCGAAUAGCGCGUGUCCAAUUCAAUUCUACUUUGGAGCGUAAAAUAGAAACAGGAGCAUUAAAAGGUAUUUUUCUGGUAUGUAAGCAGGGUGUUCAUUUGGCUUCGGCGAUCGGAGAAUUCUCCGUUUACUAUGCAUGAUUCUCCGGCAAACGUUCGGUAGCCUAUGACUAUUUUAUAUUCAGACGUGGAGCCUCUUUCAAAAUAUUCUCCUGUAACGUUACACCUUUCUCCUGCUACUAGAAUUCUCAAUGAAAACCCUGGUAAGUGGAUAAACAAUACAAUAAAGUCAAAUUCUGUGCGAUACCACAUGCAUCAUCGAAAAAAUCUCUCCUUUUUGUCUAGUUUUGGACUGUGCGCGGUUUUUGACAAAGGGUCCAAAAUAGCCGUAUUUCUCAGCAUUGUGACGUCAAAACCAGCACGGUGACCCCCACUUUUUAUUACUUUUUUUAUCAUUAUCUUGACUUGUUACAUCAGCGUACUAAGUUUCAUCUGCAAUCUAUGUUAGGUUCUUUUACUAAGGAAUCACCUUAAGAGCGGAAAAAAAACUUUACAUGUGCAGCACAUUUUUCGUACAUUUUUUUGCCAUUGUUUUACACCGCUUCAACGUACGUGAAACUUCCUAGUUGCACAUUUUAUGGAAGAAAAGUCUUAUAUAUUCCUGGACUGUUUCUCGUAUAUUGCGACAAAAAUCGUUAAAUUUGUACUUUUGAACCACUCAGCUUUUGUAAACAUUCGUGUGCGAUCUGCGUUGCGAGCUUUCUGCCCUUCAAGGGGCACAUCUUCAGUCAGAAGUGGUAUACAAAUGGGUAAUGGGUUGGAUAAUCAGGGCGGAGUCUCCAAGCGGAGUCUCCCAGUAUAACACUUUGUUGAGUUUUUGUUCGCAAUUCUCGUUGCCGUCGCAGGUUAGCAUCACACGAUUUUAUUUUUUGCUCGAGUACAACUUCAAGUGUAUAUCAACGAGAGCUGCGCUUUUAGCCCUGUUUAAAUCUAUAUAUCAGUGAUUGUGAAAGAAAUCGAAAGCAUUAAACGAGGCACAGGGUACAUUAUUUGUUCUAGAGUAAGGGCAAGGGAGAUGUUUGCUUGCGGGCCACUGGACUGUUCACUGUCCCUUAUCUUUCCGUAAGAUCGUCCAGGUGUGUGGUACCCAAGGCUAACUUGUGGAUCAUUAAUUACUGUAUUUUAGAAAUGAAACCUGCAAUAAGUGUAGCGGGUUUUUUUUGAGUCUGUCAAAAAAUGAAAACAUGUUUUACAAAAAAGCAAGAAAAAAACAAAAGGACCAAAGGUUUCUAGUAGAGAAAGUCGAACAACGGACCUCUGACGUGGAAAGUUGACGCGUUAUUUAUUGCGCCACGACAACUAAUAUUGAAAGUCCCCAUUAAAUUAAUCAUGUUUAACACUUUUGGCCAUGAAAUUCUGCCAGUCGACGCUGUUUCAGGUGGUAGAGCUAUAUUUAUGAAGAAUUGAAUUCGAAGAAAGCAAGCAUCGUGUUGACAAUUAAAGCCGUACUUUAACUCAUUUCGUCGCAUUUGAAGAGCAUGGCUGAUAAGUGUCUCGCAAAACCGCUACGCGUAAUCCACAAGUUAAAAAUGUUUUCGCGGCGUAACGAUUCCAGCAGAUAUCGGAAUGCAUGACAAGCACCAUCACGUGAUAUCAGUUUUUUGUACACAGCGACGACGACAUUGGAUCAAGCGCUGUAAACAGGUACACCUGUAGUAUUAAUGCGUUCGGUUUAAUUGGUUUCCUUUCCUAACUAAUGUUCUAUUGUGUUAAAAGUCACAAAAAGUUUAAAAUACUUGAUACAUAUAUUGAAUUAUUCUGUUGUUGCGGGUUUGCAUUAAGACUUUUUUAAUGCGGGUUUGCAUUAAGAUCGUGUAUUGUAAACAGUCAUAACAGAAAAUAGGCAUAUUUCGUCGAUCGGCUGUGCUGACAAAUCGCUUAAUCACAACAUAAUUUUAUGUUUCUAUGUUUUUGGACAUUCACUUUGUUGUUCUGAAAAGGUAUUUUGUUUAGAAGAUGUUGGAAUUUUUCACACAGCUAGGAUGAAAAUCAAAAAAUAUUUAGUAGAUUCUAUUUGCUUUUGAAGGACCAAGAUUGUGUACUUUACAUGUUUGAAGGACCAAUUUAAUCCUAGGAAGUGAAAAAAAUCGUUGAAAGUGCAAAACUUUGAAGUGGUAAACUCGGCAAUAUGCGCUAUUUUUACUCCUUGUCACUGCAAAAUUCGGCCGCCGCGCGCUGAGCUGAUUUUCCUCCCGAAAAAUUUUAUUUUGAAAUAUUUCCAAAAACUAAUGCCGUUUCAAUUACUUUUGGACCAAGAUAAAUUCAUGGGCCAAGUUUAAAGGAAAUUGAUUUUCCGACCCGAAACGCAUUGGACCGGUUUAAGGUAGACUCUUCUUAAUAAACUAAAAUUAACAUACAAAAAUUUAUUGCUUGAUUGAGGUUCUUUCAUUUUGAUCUACAAAUUUCUUUCUCUGUUCACUGAAGGUAACUACUUUGGACAAAGCGGUAUUGUGGCAGCCAUAUAGACUAAAAAAAUUCACAUGAUGUCGAUCAGUCAUUCUCGUUUUCAUACAUUCAUACAUAACAUUAAAAGCGUGCAAACUGGUAGCUUUGGAAGUCAUCGUUGAACAAGCCAUUCGCAUACAAAGCUGUGUAUUUUUAACUUCCCCCCCCCCCGGCUCCAACUCACUAUGAGAAAGCGCACAUUUACGUCAGACACCGGAUUGUAUAAAGAGAUUUGUAAUAAACCUGACACUUCUUGUAUAAAUUCCCCAAAGCCGGGAAUACCUUAUCUGUCAAAUACCCCACACCUGUCCCUGGGUAUAAGUGAUGGCGGGGUGUUGAACGGAAGUCUUUCAGCGUGAUGGGAGGGUCCGUUUUCUUUCGGGAGUGUUUGCGGGAUAUCCUAUUCUCAGUCACCUGACCCCCUUCCUUAAAAUAGAGGGUAAAUAAAAAGCGUUAAAAGUAAAUUAGGGAUUUGAGGAUUUCAUUCUCGAAACUUCGCUUUUAGCCCUGUCUAAAUCUAUAUAUUUAACAAUUAUUCCACGAGUGCGUGUUGGAUAUGAGACGGUAGAUCAUCUCAUAUCCAACAAAUGCGAGUGGAAUAAUUGUUUUAUUAAAAACGUCCACAAAAUAUCGAGAACUCUCGCCGACUAUAUUUGUAAAGACAACCGAUUUUCAGGUUGUUUUUAGUUGUGAGCAGACGCGUUCAUUUACCAUAUUUGGAGAGCAUGGUUUAAUGGCUCGUAUACCAUGAUAACUAAGCCAAUGAGAGCCCUAGAAUUGCAUGAUCCAAUGAUUCGGUUUUGAAUAAUCUGAUUUGUGUUUAUAGGCCAUUGGCACGAUGGGGUCUCAAGUUAAUUUAACUAAACAAUUGCUUUCCCUUGAACUUCCAGAGAUGGCCUGUAAAACAACCGAAUUAAUAGACGUCAUGUGCAUAUUCCCGCAGUAGCGAACUUGGACGAGCUAGCGCGAGGAGCCUCACCCGAGAGUUAGUCAGUCCAGUUCAUUCUCGCGCAGAAUUUAUUAAUAGUUAACACUGUCUUAUAAUUAAUUGGACAGCUUGUGAGAAGAUGUACUUCCCUCAGUCUUUGGGAGAGGCUCGAGCAUCAUUUCUUGUCAAUCUAGCUGGAGUGUAUGGUUUACGGAGUGAGUUUGACAAGGCACGCAAGUGUUUACAACAGGUACUUUCUUUUUUCUCUUUCUGUUAUUACUGCAUCUGUAUAGGAGGGUGUUUGUUUGACCUUGAAAAAUUGUUACCAUAAGUGGCCGUUAUUUGUUUUAGCAGUCAGUAAUAUACAAGAUCAAAACAUGAACUCGUUUUAGCAUCCGCCAAAGAAAACCCUUCUGAUGGAAGACGGUACCAAUCGGUACCCCAGUUCCUGUUCCCUCAAGUAAUGCAACUAAUUUCGUUAAAACAAUCUUAUCGUAGCUGGAAAUGUAUAUUCUUUUUUGCUUGUUGUUUUAGUUUUGUUCAUGCGUAACCAUUUCAAGGUCAAACGAAAACUGUUCUAAUCAGGCUAGGCUUUCCUUAUCCGUUACCAUAAUGUCAUUGUUCCCUAAAUACAAAUACAGUCGAACGUCUCCACAACCGCCACCUUAGGGACAGAGGAGGCAAGAAUAUGUUUUUAAAAAUGUUUUAUAGACGACGUUUGCCGUAAGAGUAAAAAACGCAUCAAGAGGGCUUACUUCGACACUUUACUAAUAAUCUUUCAACGCAAAAUGUUAUUACUCAGAACCUGUUUAGUGUUAGUAUUACAUUUUGCGGCGGAACACUGAGCUUAUUUUGUUCUCUGUAGGCAUGUACCCAGGGCUUGUCGCAGGAGCUAUCUUCCCGAGUGGUACUACUUGCUGUGUACAUAGAGCUACAGAGUGGUACGUUUGUUUGUCCUCCUCUUGUGACUUGUGUGAAACUUCUCUCAACACUUACAUGUUACUCAAACCCAAAACUACAAUCUCGGUCAAAAUUGUCGGGACACUUAACUGUCUUCUAACUCUACCAAUGUUGGUGCACAAGAUUUCAUUAGUUGACUCCGAUGAACAACAUUGGGAGGACGAGGAAACUGCCAGACGUAUAAAAGAACAGCGUGCGAUGGAAGUGUCCCAACUAUUUUUGUCCGAGACUGUGUUAGAGAAGGAAUUUGAAGAGCUGUUGACGUUAAGUUGUAACUCGGUCACAGGACUGACGCAGUUGUAGCGUGCUGGGGUGUCCAUAGUGAUAUUGCGAACGUUUCUACAGCGGUGACCUGAUUUAUUUUCAUACUUCUGCAUUGGUAUAAAGAGAACCGUAACACUGAGAAGGACCACCGCACGAUUGGAAAAUUUAGAAGAACGGAGUGUACAACAUUCCUUUCAUGUGUGGGACUGAUAGCGUGCACGCGAACGCAUGCACGUGCGUAUUUCUGUGUAAAAUUUAUGGCUUUCCCCUGUAGCGAUUCGUUCAAAUGUGCCACAUAACUGCAUGAACCGUGUGGUGAAUAAAAAAUCUUAAGACAACUGUAAAAAACGAUAAGGCGAUUUCGAGAGAGGGGGGCCAAAUUUUUCUCUUGACGAAUAAUGCAAGAAGUCAGGAUUCCCAAGACGUAUCAAUAAAAACAGUAUUACGCUCUCUAAAUUUCCAAGGAUACUAUUAACAUUAUGUACAAGCGCGUAUAAUUGGCGUCCAAAUGUAGCGUUUGGUCUAACACAAAAAGGUUUCUUAACGAUCUCCCAGGCUACAGGUAUAAAAUCAACAUCUUCGUAUACAUUGUUUACAACGUGUCUAACUUUGCCUUUUAACCAAAUGGUGCAUUGGUUAUAUACAUAUACACCUUCAGAAACAAUGAUAAAGAAUCUACUGUGCUAUAAAUGUUGGAAUAGAGGGACAAACGAUGUAUGAUGUCAAACGAGUUAAAAGCCUGUGAUUGUGCACCAGUCAACUAAGGUGGCUUGACAUUAUAGUGGGUAUACUUCCCCGCUUAAAGCGUUCGGCAUUAACAAAGAUAUCGGAAAAAGGUUACCACAGCUGUACUAACAAAGAUAAAAAUUUGUUAUAAUCCAUGUUCUAUUGACAUCAGAAUUGCCAUUACGUUUUUUACUCGCCUUUGUAUUUCUCGGUACCAGGAGUUUUUUCAAAAAUUUCUUAAAGGACCUUGCACCUCCCUUAGUCGCCUCGAUUAUGGCAAAGUUUGAGCACAUUCUAUGAGAGCGUUUUCAAAAUAUUUUAAAACAAAGUUUUAAGGGUUAUAAAAACACUGAAUAAACAGGCUUUAGAUAUAAUUAGCUAAUAUCUAAAGGAAAUGGUGAGGUCUGAAAGUGAAGUCUCAUCUCAUAGUGCUUCAAUUUCAUCUGAAUCUUUGCAUGAAAAAAGGAAAACAAUUUAUUGGGGCUUUAAAUGUCACAAAAUUUUCUCCCAGAGAUUGUGUUUACAAAUGAGCGUCCUCAUUAUUCACUGGCAUUGUUUUCAAAUUUCAUAUGCAGGUUCGCAAGUUUCUUUCAAGGAACAACCAUGUCACCAUGAUCUAAGUCUGAUUAACAUGUCUGUCAUGUAUCAAAGCACAUUGAACAUAGGCAGUUUCAGUUAGUUGUUAAACAUCUUUUUCCUUUACUUUCUUAUUCUGCUAUAUUUACCAGAGAGUUGUUCGAAAAAGCUCUGAAAAGUAUGGUGACCCGUUGAAUCGCACUCAAAAAUGACCAGGAAUGUGUGUGCACCUGUCUAGGGAUUUCCCGCCAUUAGAGCCAUCAAGGGAUCCCAUACCUAACAGCCCUCGAUGGAAGUGUCCCUCCUAUUUUUGCUCAUUGGAAAGAUAUUUAGGUACAUUUUUGUUUAUAAUAUCAUAAACAAGAAGGCAUUGCAGAAUGAAGUGGAGCGAGUAAAGCUUAUGUAGAAAUAAGAAAUAAUAGUCACGGUCGUUAUGGCGGUCGGAUCAACUUUUCUACGUUGCAGUCUUUUACUCCAGUUUUUGGCGCUUUCUUUGAAUUCCACGUGGCUCUUCAACAGCAGCACUGUUCCCGAUAAUAUAUAGCUUCAGCAGGAUUUAUUUUCCAGUAGUAUUUCUCAAUUGAAUUGCGACUUCACUGUGAGCUAUCGUGUCCGCCAUUUUGGAUUUGCUUUCCCUCACGUGGAGGGACGGAGACUUUGAUUAUUCAUUGGAAAGCCGUUUCUUCUCAUCCUCCUACUACUCCUCUACUAAAAGAAAAGUUCCUAAAGAGGAGAAAACUUUAUUUGUCCAACCAAACAACUCCCUUUAAUCCAACCAUAUUCGUUCUCAACUCCAGUGGCGAUGUCGAAACCAACCCUGGUCCAAAUGACGACCAAACAAAAUCCACUGCAACCAAGUGCUUAACUUGCUCGAAAACUGUGGAGAGUUACCAUAAAAGAUUGCUGUGUAAGAAGUGUUUUCCUUGACUCACGCUCGCUUUGCUGACAUUUUACCCACGGAGCUAAAACACCUACAAGCCUAUAGUCCUCUGAAAUGGAUAUGCAAUAAUUGUACACUGAGUGAACUUCCUUUUUUCAGUGGCAAGGAUUUGGACUCUUUAGAUCUUCCAACUGCACAUGCCUCACCGUAUGAAUACAUUCCCGAUUGUCAUCUGGAGGAACCUAAAUGUGUUUAAUGACCACUUAGAAGCACUAAAUAGCAGAUCGAAGCAACUGAGGCUCGCUCAUCUUAAUACUCAAAGCAUGGUCUCUACAUUUAAUGAAGUACUGUUCACCAUCAAUGAGUAUCCGAAACAUGGUUAAAGGAUAACCCACAUCUACUAAAUUACGUCAGCAUCCCCGGCUUUUCUAGCGUAUUUCGCGACCGUGACAAAAUACGUGGAGGAGGUGUUGGGGCGUACAUACGAGAUAAUAUUGCCUUUAAACGACGUACAGACAUCGAGAGCAUUGAGCCACAUUUGGAACACUUGUGGGUGGAGAUUCCGGGGAGAAAUAGACAUAGCAAGAUGUUGCUUGGUGUAAUGUACUAUAUUCAGAACAUAUUCAGGAUUUUCAAUCUUGGCUGGAUAAGACUGAAAACCUGUUUAGCCAGUUAAGCGCCCUCUGGGACGGUCUCCUUGUUAUAGCUGGAGACACAAACAUCGAUUUAAUGAAUCCUGAAGCCACAAACACCAAGAAAUUCCGAUUCAAACUUGUUCGUAGCUAAAAACGUUUUGGUGAAAAAGCUUUUAAAGAGGACUUGUCUGCACUUCCUUUUAUCCUCGUAUAUAGCAUUGAUGAUUCAGCAGAGCAACAAGACAUCUCUGAUUCGUUUUGAAGUCAUGCACAGACACACCUGCUCCACUACCCAGAACGAAGAUCACCCACCCCCCUGCCUCAUGGUUAGACACUGACGACAUUAGGCAGCUACAAGCAAAAGAAACCUAGCUACGACAUCUUGCUCAUUAGAGCAAGCCAGUCGGUGUCUGGAGUAAAUUUCGAGACCUGCAAAAUAAUUUAAGGACAAAAAUUAGACAAGUAAUGCGUUUGUUUUAUCAGAAAGCCUUGUCAUCGAGCAAACCCAGAGCUCUGGUAGGUGAUUCAUCGAAUUCUUCAUCCUAAUCCUCAGCCCCUAAAGUGGAUUCGGAUCUGCUCAACAACCAUUUCGCUUGCUAGGAUCAAGAACUUAUCAACUCACUAUCUGAUAGUUUCACAAGCUCAUUCUACCUUCGUCCUGUCACCCUUUGUGAAGUGCUGAAACAGCUUAAAAACAUGAGAUCUGAUUGUCCUACUGGAGCUGUCCAAGUACCUGCUAAGUAUCCAAAGAUGGCUGCCGACUACAUUCCCUCUCCGCUGACACAAAUUAUUAAUACUUUUAUUUCAAAUACAGUGAAAGCUGUAAUAUGCUAAUAAAGCUGCCAAAUACAGGUUUCGAUAGAUAACUUCAUAUAAGGUGUAAAAUUCCAUUCAAAGGACUAUGAUGAUAUACGUUUGCAUUAAUAGCUUUACUAAAGUGGACCAAUUGAUCAUAGACUGGACCAUAACCAUGAACCAUGAGCAUAGAUUGCAACUCCCAUUUGAAGAAAUCAGAUGAGUGAAACAAGCUCUAUACAAACAAAACGAAAUGAGAAAACAAUACUGUACUGUGAAACUGAUCAAGUGAGCAAAACAGCCUGUAUAUUGCACUGAUGCAAUGAACAUUAAGCAUUAUCUGUAACGAAAAAAGUCAUCAAUUCGUUAUUGUUUGAGCUUCUUAAACUUCAUUUUCUGGAGCAAGUUGGUUACCUUGCUAAUGGCCGGCAUAUGGUCCUCUGGUCCAUGAUAUCGGGAAUAUUCCAGCAUCAUUUCAAACAAUCGUAACGUCUCGUUUUCCAAUUUAAUGGCUGGUUACUUUGUGGUUUGAUCCUCCUCUUCGCCCGAGUCUUCCACGUGUAAUUGCUUUGCUAGUGUUGAUUCCGUAGAAAUGCUCGCAUGAUUCUUCAAGAUUUAUUGUCUUGCCUUUUGUCUCCAUUUUGGAUCUGCUGGGUCAAAGAGACCAGAGCAUAUUUUAAUAUGUCAAUUUCGUCUUCAGCCGCUAAAAUUCUUCUGCAGUACAGGAUGCUUCCAUUGCCGUAACGAGUUCCUGCGAUCUUGAAAGUUCUUCUCCUCCAAAAGAAUGGUCCUCCUCCUCAACUUCAUUGGGGUACAACCCAGUUCUUUUGAAACAUUUGACAAUCGUUUCUCUUUAGACAUCAUCCCAUGCCUGCCCAUGCGAUGGUCAUCAACGAGUUGACAGAUUUCGCUUGUCGCUUGCACUGUUUGAUCCAUCCACUUUACUACAAACAUGACGCAACAACCUUUUCUUGUAACUGCACUUUCAACUUGCGAUUAUGCCGCUAUCAAGUGGCCGUGUCUUCGAUGUUGUUUUUUUUUGGUAAAAUCACAAUGUUUAUGUUGGAAAAUUUACCUUGUAAACUAGCUGGAUGGCAGGGGGCGUUGUCCAUGAAAAGCAUAAUCUUCCGUUGCUUCAGCUGCAAACGACGGUUUAAGGACGCCGAGAUGUCUGUCGUAAGGUCUGAAUUCAUCCACGCUUUCCUGUUUGCAAAAUAAUGACAUUUGUAAGGACGACUAGCAUCUUUUAGGUUUUUAAGCAUCGAGGCUUUUCUGACUGGCGAAUUACGAUAGGAUCUUCUUUCCCACCUGCCGCAUUGACUUGUUUCGCUGAUUCGACUGCUUCCCGCCACUACACCUGCUUCCCUUUUUAUUCAGGCUCACCUCAGGAAGACCUUUCCAGAAACAGCCAGUUUCGUCAAUGUUACAAAUAUUUUCUGGCUUCCUUCCUCUAAUCAGUUUUCUUGACUUCUCUUUCCAGCUUUCAAAGGUCAUAGAAUUAACAUCUCCUUCCUCCCAAACUACACUCCAGCAAACCAUUGGAAGUGGUGAAUCCUUCAAUUCCCAAUUUUCUCCUAUUAUUAGAGCUUCGUCUUGCAGCAUAGUACCAGAGACUUGUAUGUUAGAUGAUCUGCACAACGUAUACCAGUUCCAAAGGGCCUAAUUGACGCCUGCUCCUCAAACUGAAAGGUUAUGGAAUAGAGGGCAACCUGUUGCAAUGGUUUAGAAACUUCUUGACAAAUCGGCAACAACGCUUUGUAGUGCAUGGUACCACCUACUCAUAGUCUUCUGUCAGUUGUGGAUUUCCCCAGGGAACAAUACUUGGUCCUAUCCUAUUCAUUUAUGUGAACGAUAUAUCGUCUAACAUCUCGUCAACCAUUAAAGUCUUUGUCUACGAGACACAAAAAAGUGUACAGACAGAUUUCCGUUAGUAUAAAUGAUACUCGAGCCCUUCAAACUGACAUGGAUUACUUAGCAAAUUUGGCAACUCUAUGGCAGCUGACAUUUAAUCCAGAGAAAUGCGAAGCAAUGCGCAUUACCCAUAACCGUGACAAGUCAUCUCCUUCGGAUACUAUGGAAGUAGUAAUCAAACCAGUAAAGUGUGUGACCUGUCGUGGGGAGCUCAAGUUGAAGCUGCUGUAAACAUGCCUAAUAAAGUUUUAGACAUUGUUUUCAGUACGCUUGGACCUAAAAAUUUUGUAUUUUGUAUAUAACUUUAGUACGACCUAUCCUUGAAUACACAGACCCAGUGUGGUGUCCAUACCUAGUAAAAGACACACUAGCACUUAAAAAAAGGUGUCGCCGGUACCCAUUUAUACACGUGGGUGAAGAGAGACAAAGUGGUGUAAAGUCCCUUGUCUAAGGAAACAAGACGAAAGGCGAGUUUUGAACCCCCGACCUCCAGAUCCAGUAUCAUCAUUGUAUCAUCCAGUUCUGAUGCCGACCCGAACGAGCGCAGCGCCCACAAAGAAAAAAGUCCUUGAAGCAAAGUUGGAUCAUUUUACGUUUUUGUGAAACUGCCCACGUACCCCUCCCCAUAGCCAACAUUUUGCCCUAAGUAAAAACUAAGUGUUCAUGUUGGUUUAGGGGAGGGGUAGGUGGGUAGUUUCACGGAAACGUAAAAUGAUCCGCAAAGCUUCGUUGCUUGAAGGUGCCAUUUCUUCUCAGAAGGAUAACUUAGUAUUUUUUUCAAACUCUUCCUUUCCAUUUUUGUCCGUUUACGGUGUAUUUUGAAUUCGAUGACAAGAAAUUAUAGUACUGAAUUUCACGCCACGGAUGGCAUGCAGCACCCAUUUUUCAAAACUUGAAAUAAUUUUCCAAAGAGCAAACAUAUUCCUUCCAGUACUCCCUAAAAUCAUUAUAUGCACGUGCACCGGAAGUAAAAAUGCUUUCCCUUAGCAACGCGCGAGAGACAUGUCAGAGUGCCCUCAAGCGGAGACGAAAUUUCGGGAAAAUUGAGGUCCAGUUAAAUAUUUAAGGUAUACUAGUUUCAAACAAAAUAUUACACUGUCGUAGUUUCGUUGGUACAGGACGUCCAGUCUUCGUGAUUUGUGUGGACGCUGCCAAUAUUAUAUAUGUCAUAUAUACCACUGUGAACUGGUAGGUUACAACUGAAGUCCACACAAUUAGUGAAGAAUAACGCCACUGAGGGCUUUUGUCCUUUUUUGUUGCAGGUAACAUCGCUAAUGCACUGCAGACGAUAAAAAGGCAUCAAGUUCUUCCUGGAUGCAAGGCCGUCAAAGUCACCAAGAAAACACGGGGUGCAGACAUCUGGAAAACAUAAGGCCGACAUACAAUUUCCUAUUUGAUUUGUCAGAACACUAUUGUGUCUGGCUAGCAAAGCGCUCCAAACUACUUUGUCAUUGCUCAAGCCUAAGCAAGAGAAGUAGAUCUUUCAUUUGAGAACUAACUGAUGUCAGUUAUUAAUUAGAACUGCUAGAAUCAGAUUUCGCGAAACCUGAAACGUGAGAUGUCUUUUUUUGGUAGGCUGGCUAUCUGUUUAAUUUCACUUUGGCCUUAAUUAAAGGGGCUGUGUCACGGCUUGUUAAUUUUGUCGAUAAUGCCAAUUACGCUUCUUUAUUCUAUGGCUACAUUAGUGCGCGCGCUCUCAUUGGGUGCCGAGCAGGGAACAUUUUCCUGUAAUGACCGGGC